CUCCUAGCUGUGUUUACAAUAAGCCAGCAGCCUGUGGCAGGAGGGGAAGGGGAGGUGGGUCUGGGUGGCUCCUAUCUGGGCCAGUCUCUGCCCACUCACCAUCCCUUCCACUCUUCUAGCCGGGGGGAAGAGCACAGGGCGGGCCAUUGGGAUCCCAUAUAACCCCCCACACAGAGCCAUCCGGAUUAGUGGAAAUAAAAAAAUAAAAAACCCUUCACAGACUUUUAUUCAGAGAAGGCAGAGCAGCUGACCCCCCACCGCCCCCCAAAACAUCUGGAUUGUGGAAGGUAAGCUAAAUGACCUGAGGACUACUCUGGGCUCUCACAGCUCUGGGAUUAGUGGCAACCUGUGUGACAUUAACUAGCCUUGCUGACUCUAGUGACAGUUAUUAGAGCCUCUUGGAUCUGUGGACUCCAACUCCCACCAGGAGUUAUAUGGAAUACCUGCUGGGCACUCUCAGCCCAGAGUGUUAGAUAUCUACCCCACUGACUAACAGCUUCAAAGAAUUGAGGGAUACAUUGCACAUCACGUUCUAUGAUCUGAUGUAACAGAGAAUGUUUGGGAUUAUUUGUGCUAUAUCCAUUGGCAUUGGUCUUGGUGGGUACAGCUGGCAUUCCUGUGACUAUUUACUUUUAGAAAGUUUGUAUUUUUAAUGAAAGCCAUGGGAGAUCUGUGUGAAGGUUUUUGCAAAUGUCUGACAGCUCUAAAUCAGCUCAUCAACACAUGCAGGCUUAAUAGCAUGCAUUAAAAAGAAACCUCAUCUGUCCCAGAACCUCUUGGAAGCUGACAUAAGCAUAAGAUCUCUGCUUCUAGAAUGUAAAUUGUUUUAACAGAUAAAUCCUGUUACAUCUGUGGCUCGAGAAUGUCUUCACCAUUAAAAUAUACAAUGUUCACUCUAGUUGAAGAUUUUGUAAUAAAUAUUGCAUUGUAUCUGAGGAUCUAGAAUGAAUACAGUUUAAAUGAUACAUUGCAUCCAGUUCUAGAAGACAUUAAGUAUUGCAGAUCCAGCUCUCACUGGAGAAUGUAAACAGUUCAAGAUACAUUGUAUCUCACCUCUCACUCGAAAAUGAACAUUGUUUAAAAGAUACAAAGUAUCCCAUUGCUGGCUUUAGAAUAAAUACAGUUUAAAUUAUAUUCAGAACUUGUGUUAACAUUUCUUAUUAUUUUCCCAACUCCCAGUUUAAUGGGAGUGUGCUGAUAAAACAUCCACCACACUGUGUUUUUGUAACUCUGCCUUUAGUUUUUAUCAUUAUAUUUUUCUAUAGCACCAACAUAGUCCAUAGUGCAGUACAGCCUGAUAAAACAUUCAAUCAUAUAAAGUUACAUAACUAGAUGACUCUAAGAAAAAGGGGAGAGGGACCAUUGUACUUCUUGUGUUAUUGAUAAAUCUAUAGUUUACUCUCCUGUUGCAUUGUUUACCACCAUAAUAUUUUUUUUUUUAUAUAUAUUUUUUUAGUAAACACCAGCACAAUCCCUUGUCCCAAAAUAGAGAGACAGACUGCAGGCAGGACUUGUACAAAGAAUUAGUAAUCUGCAGAGUUAAUCCCAUCCCUGAUCAUAUUUAUAAUGCUUUUGUUAUGAGGGAGGAGAGGGAGAGCAGUCUUUAGUAUGAAGCCUUUGGCUGUUUGUGUCAACAUGUUGCAAUCUAAUCUCUUUCCACAUUUGAAUAUUCUUAUUUUUCUUUUCAAUAACCCAUUAAAACAUCAGUGGAUCUAAAAGUGGUUUCAGAGCCAGUUUGUUCAGGUAUUUAAUUUUUAAACAGCUUGAAAUCCGUAUCAGAUUUCACUUGCACUGGUAACAUUUUAAUCACACGUGUUUGACUUGAUACAGGGAGAAUCUCCUAGAACUUAACCUUAGAACAUCCUCAGGGUUAAUCCUCAAAAUGCAAGUUCAACAUGAAUCUCAAAUUUGAGGUCACUGCAGCCUAACUAGAAACAUUCAGUCAGUAAUACAUUCAGUUUGGCUACCCUGGCCUUAAAUUUGAAAUUCUCUAUGAAUUCUCACUUUAGCAAAUAACCCUGAUUGUGGGGAAUAGUCAUUGAACGCAGAAUUGUAGUGGAUUGGAAACCAAAAAAAUGAAAAUACAUUGGUAAAAAGCCCAGCUGUGAUUGUAGCUCAUUUGGAGAGUUUUUGUCUAAUUCGUUUUUGUUUUAUUUGUGAAUACCACCCUGCUGGUCCAGUUAAAAGGCGCUAUGGGAUACUGCGGUAUUUCAUUAUUUUGAUCUAUGUCAGUAGGCACUAAGCCCAACAAUAAAAGUGAUGCCAAUACAAACAAUUUUACAAAAACAUUCUAACUGUAUCAGAAUGACGGGAGAACCUCUUAAAAAGCAGUGGGUUCGUAACUGGCCCUGACAUAUUUGUGUCAGAUAUUUUUCAUUUUAUUUAUAUAUUAAUUAGAGUAUUUCAAUUGCAAUUAAUUCAUAGCGCUUGAAUUAUUAAGGAAAAUCUGAAAUGAAUUGGAGAUUUGUUGAUUUGGCCUGAAUUACGCAAGUUUCUCUUUCAACUUCCCACAACUACCUGUUUAUUUUAUUGUAAAGCGCUGCGGAAUAUUCUGGCGCUAUAUAAAUACCAAUAAUAAUAAUUGAAGUUUGGCGCGCAUGUUUUCCAUUUAGCUGUUAAAGGGACACUCUGCACACACAAAGCUGAAGUGCUUGCUGUAUUGCUUUAUGUGAGUCUGUCAUAAUCUGUGACGGUUUAUAAAAUUGGGGGCAGCAGCACCUCCCUGGCUGUAAAUCAGAAAGCCGGGGAGAUUUUCCCCUGCUUCCAAUACAUUUACAGAGCUAACAGAUCUACAGGCGUGCUAGUGUGUGCCUGCCUUCCCUCAUUCUCAAUGAACAUUGGAAAGCUGCGAUUGCAUGUGUGCGUGUGUGCGUGUGUGCGUGUGUGCGUGUGCAUGCUUGCGGCUCCAGCACAGAGGUGUGUCAAUGUGAAACCUCUGAUUUCUGAGUCUGGGCUGGGAAGAGUAGGAGGGCUUGCAAAGGCUGCAGACAAGAGAUCUGCAUCUAUUACAAGCUGUUUUUAGAUAUUCCUCCAACACAAAAAAUGCGUACUUAUAUAAUGCAUGUUUUCAUUAGGGGGCAGACUAGAUGGGCCGAAUGGUUCUUAUCUGCCGUCACAUUCUAUGUUUCUAUGUUUCUAAACAAUGAUAAAAUGUGCCUUUAAUUCACUUCAGUUUAUAGUUUAAUUAACAAUUAGCCAAAUAGUUUUGUUAUGAAGUAUUUAUAGUUGAUAUAAAUAAGAAGUAAGUUUGUCUGAUACUUCAGCGUGUAAUGGCAGAUAACCUAUGUCUAAUCAUUUCCAGAUAAUCGGGGUAACCAAACAGUAAUUUGUGAUGACUUGCAAACUUAAGGAGAAAGUAGCAGACUCUAUCCAACUUUAUUAUUUUAGCAUAAAUGCAAACCGCUUCUUGUGUCUACAUUUUGGUAAAUAUUUCCCACAAUGCAUUUUAUAACAUGUAUACAAUAUCCCAGGGGCAGUUGACCUAUGUUUGAAAGUGCCAUAAUCUGGACUGUACACCCCACAAACAUAUUGCAGAAGGGAAGGACAAAUUGCCAUGCUGUCACCAUGUGGACAGCACAGAUUAACCUGCCUACAUAAAAAAAACAAUAACAUUUUUCUUCUUCAAUUUCAGAAAUGUUAAGUUCCUUUUUGUUUUUAUUUAUAUAAUACAGACUUAUAUGUCACAGCGAUGAACAUUAGGUAAAUAAUGUAUACAAGUUAAUAUGAACAUUGUGUAUCAGGUAGUAUUAUAAUAUCUGGAGGCUUUAACACUUCCCUGUGAGCGUUGUGGAGUUUUUCUGACACCAAUAUAAUUUGACUAAGUUCGAAUGACAGAGAAUAGCGCAUUUUAUUACAAUGUAUAUAGUGCCAAUAUAUUACGCAGCUCUUGGUCCUCUGGGUCACCAUUAAUGUAAUGUAAUAUUAAGGACAGAAGCAUAACAUCAAUGUAAGUGCUAGAAUGUCAGGAGCCUGGCCUGUUAAGAGCCUGGCUUAAAGAACUUCCAAAAACAUAUAUUUUUCUAGUAGAGAGAGACUACAUCUUUUUCUUGCAAAAACGCCACUAAGUUUUGCUGCAGAAGGCGGGUUGCAUUCUCGAGCAGAUAGGGGCAGUGUUUUGCAGAAAAGAGGGAAACAGCAUGUUCUACUGAGGUAGUCUAGAAGAAUGUAAAUGUAUUUUGUGGUGUACACACCAAACAACCAAUCAGAAUACAGCCUUUGUUUUGAAUAAGUUAACUAUAAUUUAAUUUUUUUUUUUAUCUUACUGUAGCUCCCAUUUCCUGUUUUCUGUAAAAUGUGUCUUUCGAGGCUAAAAUUACAAAACAAAAAUCUAAGUUAACUCUUUAAUGGAGACUUGUAUCUAGUCCAACCAGUGUCAUGACUGUAAAUUCCUCAUAUUUACUUUGGGGAAAGGAUGAAGACAAAUCUUCCACUAAACAUUCAUUUCAAAGUAAUAAAUACUCAGUAUUCAGGUUUAUUUAUUAUUUCACAAAAAAUACACAACAGAAUACAGAAAAUCAUUAUGUGACUUACAUUAGCCAUUAUUGCAUUAUACGCACCACACAAACAAUAUAUCAAACACAGAGAAAAGAGGGAAAAUUAUGCUUUUUAAAAUGGGGAAUUUUCUUAAUUAAUUGUCAGUUGCUACUUUUUAGGUAUGUUUCGUUUAUCUCACGCACUCUCACUAAAUAUUGUAUUUAGAGUAAUAUGAACAUGUCCACACAUCACUAACAUCAUUAAUAUUUUAGUAAAUAAUUUAGUUCCUUUCUUUCUGGUUGAAGAAUUAGAGGGGAGGGGGUGUACGUGGAUCAUUCACUCUAAAACAUGCGCCGAUAUAUUGGUGCAAACAGUGAAUAGAUUUAUUUUUUUCAGAAAUCAUGUUUACAGGUAUGUAGUGAAAGGUUAGACAUACCUUUUAGAUGGUGUAAUUAUAGAUUGCAGUAUCUAUUAUGAUCACAUUUAAUUCAGGAUGAGUCUAUCUUCGGUUAACCAGAAAACUUUUAAUCCCGAGCAGCUGCAAUAUCACAAAUGGCCUUAGCCCCAGAUAGCCCGUAUUAUAAUAGGAAAUGUGAUACAAUGGAACUACAAUGAAAGCGGCAAAACAAAGAAAAAAUACAACCUUUUCCCCUAUUCCUUUACUUUGUGUGGGUUUUGUUUUUGUUUUUUUGUGCAGUUUUCACCUGCGCAGUAUGACAUACGUUGUAUGUUUUUACAUAAUCACUUAGGGUUUAUUAUAAGCAUUUGUUAUUUUUUUUUUUUUUUUAAGUAUUUACUCAUGAAUUAACUAUCAGUAGUGUUUUUUUUUUCCUCUUUUUUUCAAAUCAAUUUUGUUUUCCUGUGUUCAAUCCCGUUUGGUCCUACUAGUUAGGAUCUUUUUGGUUUUUCAACAAUGGAAGUUGUCUGUUUCCGAACAAUGUCUGUCCUCUCGCCCACCUGUUCAGUAAAUAACAUUCUUGGUUCAACAAGGCAAUUUGUUUAACGUUUAACUAUUUCAUUGUCUUCUCCUGAACAGAAUAUUACCCUUCAUUGGGAUGACCUACCCUGCGGCUCCCUCUAGAGGAAUGUUUGGCUGCAGCAGAAUGAUGCCUACUAAUGUACUAUUUCUUAAAUCCCACACAAAUAAGCAUUGAUGUGGAUACCUUAAACUAUCUCUUGCUUCAUGUGACUGUUUGCUUCAUGGCCCCUGUAUACACAAAUUGAUAGUUUUGUACUAGAUAAAACCAUUAAUCUGACAUUGUAAAAUGGAUAAAAAAAAAAAAUACAUUUUAAAACCAUUUCCGAAACAUUCGCUAAUCAUGGCAUGCAGAGAUUUAAAAUAGGGUGAAGAUAUCCUUUGUUUUGCUGCACUAACAUGGCUCUCACCAAGUUAAAAGGGUAAUCCAGACUUGGACCUCUCGCCUAGAGGGGUAAUAGCUACACCUCGCUGACAAGGCCUAAAGUAGGCCGAAAUGAUUGUCUGGGGUUGAUUUAUCUCUCGUGCAGAGACAACUUGCCGGGAUUUCAGUUGUGUACUUGUCAGGGUGGCGGUCCGGUGCCCGGGACCCAGACACUGUCCGGGCGGCGGUGCGUGGACCUGGACCCAUAUAUGCCCGAUGUUCAGAGUAGGAGUCACAGUGUGGAGGUGGAUUAGCAAGGUCUGGUGCAGGGUAACCGCACGCCCCCUGGUGUUGAGCACCAGCGUUUGUGCAGCCACAUACCAGAACCCUGUUGCAGCUUAUGCGGAUACCAGGAACUAGGAGCAUGGGAAUAAGCAGACCUCACAGGAGCUAAAUAGGGAGGCUCUGCAGCAAGAAUGUAUCCAGUACAGAAACAAGGCAAGACUAGAGAUAGGCACCAAACAUGAAAACAAGGCAUAACUAAUAGAACCCAGAACUGGAGAAGGAUAGGAAGCUAAACCCAGAACAUGUACACAAUACAUAAGGGAAACAUGAACAUAACAUGGGCAGGACAGGACUGUACAUGGACUGGGAAUACAAACUAAAACAAGACAAGAUAUAAUAGGCAAAACAAGAGGAGAAAUAACUAUGUACUAUAUAUGAAAAGUAUGGUGGUUUAGUUACAUUAUAUGAUCAUACAUUGCAUAAGCCUGCCAACAACGCCAAUGUACCCCAUUUCUGGCAGGUCCUACAUUGCCUAAUGUUCGCUAAAAGAACCAAAGAAGACAUAUGUAGCACUUACCUGCAAGAAAGGGCAGAAGCCUUGAGCAGCUGCCUGCAGGAACUCUGAAACAAAAGGAAUGAUGGAAAACAAACGGGUGUGGCAACAUAAAACAAACAUUUCAAGGAAUCCAAGAGACUGGGAAUUCCAGGGACGGAAUAUAGGAAUGAACCCAGAAAAACCCAGCAUAAAGAAAACCAGACACAGAAUAGAAAACCAGAAAAACCAAGAAAAACUAAACAAGAAUUGUAAACAGAGUACUGGGUACCAGAAGCCAUAGCCAGACUGAUCCGCAGCUAGGAACAGGAUGUGACAGUACUGCCCUUAUUGGUGGGAUCAGUCUGAUAUGCCUUGGAAUUGGUUCUCUCUGCAAUGGCACAAGUGAGCAAAUAAUAUUUUGAGACCUGAGCUGAGGAUUUACUGAGGGCAAGCUGCUGAGUUCCUCUAAGCUUUUGUCCAUUCUGAGAGUUUUCGUAUUCUUUGUUUUUGAAGAUAUCCUUUGACCUUAGUGGUAUCCCUAGCACGUGGCAUUUGUGAGUUGAGUGUAAACCCAAUGUGCUCUGUUGAGGUCAGUUGAAGUCUAAGAGCAAUAAAGUCAUGAGGAACAUAAAUUGGUUACACUUUAUAGAUCCCGGAGAAGCUUGGCAACUCUGUGAUCUAAAGGUAUGUGAUAAUCUUCCGUAGAGUUUAUUACAUGUGCAGAUCAGCGAUAAGCUUCUUCUUACAAUGAUUUAUUUUUCAACGUUACUUAUCAAAGACAGUUUGGUUUGCUUGACUUUAAAUCUUGUGUGCCUUCUAUUUUGGUUGACUUUGCCUUUCCCAAUUCAGAAAUGUAUCUUUAUUGUGGAAUAAUGCCCAUUUCAUUUCCAAUUCCCCCAAUUCCCCCAUAUCAUGACACUACCCCUGUAUUACACCAACCAUUCCUUCUAACCCCAUCUUGUACAUUUACCCCAACAAUGGGCCUUUUUUCCUUUUGAGAUACAGUUCCCAUAUAUUAUAAAAUGUUCUUCUUGGCAGUAACAUCCAUUAUAAUGAUAUGCCACUCUGUACAGCUCCAUUACACUUUGGACAUAUUCACUAAAACUGAACUGCAAUGAAUUAAAAAUCAACCUGCAAUAUGUAGGCAAACAUCACUGAGGUGGCCUCUAGGCUAUCUAAAAUGUAUCACUCAUAUCUUCACAAGUUCUCUAAAAUUGUAGUGGUUUAUUGAAUAAACCCCUUCAUGUAAGGUUAAUGUGUUUGUGAUGCAGUGGUUGUCACUGUCUGUUUCCACAUUGUGUACAGUUUAGUAUCUGUCUCUCUUUGUAUAUUUUAGUUACUGAUAAUCCAGCAUUCAUAUUUAUGAAAUGCAAAUACAGUAACAUUUGUUAUAUGCAUUAUCCAUCUGACUGCUGGGAUGAUGAUUCACAGUCAGGGCUUGUUACUGAAAAAUACUGAGCAAACAUUCUUUGGUAGGCCGGACUAUUCCUUGCGAACAUUACUUUACCGUACAAGUUGUCUGCAGACAUCAGCAAAGGCAUCUGGGUUCUUCUGUGCAAUGAUCAGUGGUUAGGAGUGAGUCACUUGGAGAGCGAGCCCAUGGAACGGAAGGAAAUUAUGCAAUUGCAUCAUUCUUUAAAUCACUUUCAGAGUUCUAGUAUUGAGCAACGUAUCUCAGAGCUGUCUACUGUUAUGUUAUGUUUCAAACAAAAGCCAUAGUUUUUUGCUUUUUGCAAUAGGUUAUAAGUACUAUGCAUUUAUUCAUAGAAACAGUUGUUCCUAGGUAAUAAGAUUUACCAUGAAAUGUAUUUACAGGUGAACAUUAACAUGUUUACAGUUGAAUAUUAAUUUGUUUACAGGUAAAUAUUAAUUUGUUUACGGGUAAAUAUUAAUUUGUUUGUAGGUAAAUAUUAAUUUUACAGGUGAAUAUUAAUUUGUUUAUAGGUAAAUAUUAAUUUGUUUACAGGUGAAUAUUAAUAUGUUUACAGGUAAAUAUUAAUGUGUUUAUAGGUGAAUAUUAAUUUAUUUACAGGUGAAUAUAAUUUGUUUACAGGUACAUAUUAAUUUGUUUACAGGUGAAUAUUACAUUUAUUCGUAGUUCAUUUGUUGUUUGUUGCUUACAAGGUCUACUGUAGAAUUUGAUUGCAGAUUACAUAUGGUUUAAUUGGAACAAGGGUGUUCAUAGAUGGCAGGUUCUUCAAUGAAAUUUAAGAAUGGCUGGGAUGUUCUUAGGUAACACAGUCCGCACUGGUUUGUUUAUAGGUGGCAGAGAGUAUUAUGGAAAUUAUAAGUGACACGGCUGUUUGUACGUGAUGGAAACCAAAAUAGAAUUUGUUGUGGCAAAAUGAAUGCAAAAUAAUGUGUUACUCCAGUAUUUAGGGAGGAAAUGGCUCAGUAAGGAUUAUAUUGUGUGCCUGUAGUAAUGAUAAUUUAGGUUAUUGUUUUAUUACUGAAGUGGUUUUAAAUAAGCAAUAGAUAUUUUUACUGGGGAUUUAUAGCAAAGACAUAAACAUCAAAAAUGAACAAAUCUGAAUGAUGCUAUUAGUAAGAUAAUAGAAGGUAUGUCGUGGCUUCAUUCAUGUCUGUAAUGAACGAAACUACAAGCAACUACUCAGCUUGGCGUACUAAAAAAACCCUACUGACCAGGACAGGUCGAAAAAUCCUGGUGAUUUCCAGCAACUGCAAUUACGGAAAAUAUAAAUUUUGUUUUGCUUUUAAAGCAUUCUAUAUAAAAAAGGAACCCACGGCAGCCAGGAGUGUCUUCCUACAAUCAUACUACAUAUUCACAAAUAAAUGUAUUUAACGUAGGUAAAUUGACAUUUAUUUACAAAACAUUAAAGGGACAUCCCACUUCCCAAAUUAAAUAAAUAAAUACAAUCUCUGUCCAAUAGAUCUACCCCCAAUGAAAGCAUGCAAUUAAUUAUGCAUUUUUUUCAUUGGGGCUAUAUCUAAAAAGAUCUCUUGUUUGCAGCCUUUGCAAGCCUUCUUACCCCUCCCAGACUUUCUGUGUCUGUCCAAUCACAGACUGCCCAAUGUAGUUCAAUGACAAGUCUUUGUAAGGCAGAUGCUCUGGGCAAUUGCUGUCUCUUGAGUUAAGUUACACUGAGCUAAACAACCAGGAAGUAAACUGACUAAUUGUCUGAUUGACAGCCAAGGGGGUGUAACCAGUAUAAUUUAUAAAAGUGUACAUUUCUAUUUAAAUCUACACUUUGUGUGAAAUGAAAAAAAGAGUGCACACUUCACACAUAAACACUUCAGUCAGUGGUGUGGAGUGUUCUUUUAACGCAAUAGAUCACUCUGAUUUUGCUAGGUUUUAUGUAUAGCAUAUUUAGGACAAUAGUGGUUAAUCUUGGCCCUCCAUCUGUUGGUGAACUACAUAUCACAUGGUGCAUCUUGGGAAAUACAUUGGACAGACAUGCACAAUACCAGGUAUUGCCAUAACUGCUCUUGCAGUAGCCAUUUCCAGAAACAGGCAUUGUCAGAGACCAAGGUCCUCGUAUUGGUUUUAUGAACCAAACAUGAAGGUGUCUGUUUAAUUUUAUCUAACGAGGGUUAUAAACUUUAUAGAACAUCUGAAAGAUAGAGAACACACAUUUAAGGCAUUAGAACACUUUGUUAGCAAAUUCUUAACCUUUGUCAUGUACAAUGUUUAACAGAUCUUAUGACACAUUUAUUAACCGCAAACACAGCCAGUAGGAUGGAUGUCUGUUACACCUAAUGAGUGUAUCCACAUCCUGGCAACAUUUCAGUCUCUGGAUAUCAGAAUAUAAUACAGUAACCUUCCAACAUAACCUGGAAUGACCUCUCUGUGGCUGGAGUUUAUGGUUAGGGUAAGGCUGCACAUGGGAUCCUUGGGACAUAUAGAUCCUUCAGAGAAAAUUAAAAAUGCAAACUUUAUCUGAUUGAAUUUACUAUGAGCAGACUCUUUGGAACAAAAGGUUAUCUGCAGUGAUAAAGUGUCUAGGACAGCACUAAGUGCAGUGAUGGUUGGUGAAGUUUUAAGAUUGUGGGGUGCCAGACACUUCCCCCAUAAUUUAUUUUUACUCCUCCCUAUACUUAUAGAAUACUUAUAGAUACUUAUAGAAUACAGAGAUACUCAUACAAUACACAGAGCUGGGCACAAUAUAAAGAUACCCAUACAAUACACAGAGCUAGCCCAUCACAAAGAUACCCAUAAAAUACACAGAGCUGGGCACAAUAAAAAUAGACCUAUGCAAUACACAUAACUGGGCACAAUACAGAUAUACAUAUACAAUUCACAGAUCUAGACAAAAUACAAAGAUAUCUAUACAAUACACACAGUGAGUGGCGUACAAUCAAUCCAUGGGGUUCCAGUGCAAAACUUAUCCAUAGGGCCUCCCCAAACCCCCCACUGUCCCCACCGCCACCCCAUUGCCCCCACCGCCACCCCAUAUAGUCACACACAGAGAUACACACACACACACAGACAGAUAUACAGACACAUACAUAGACACACAGACACAUACAUACAGACACAGAUACACAUACAUACAGACACACACACAGACACCCAUACCGACACAUACACAUACAUAGACACACACAUACAUACAGACACACAUACACACACAUACAUAGACACACACAUACAUACAGACACACAUACACACACAUACAUAGACACACACAUACAUACAGACACACACAGACACAUACACACAGAUACAUACACAUACAUAGACAUACACAGACACAUACACCAAUUAAUACACACACACACACAUACAGACACACAUACAUAGACUCACACACACAGACACAUACAUACAGAGACACACAUACACACACACAGAUACGUGUACAUACACACAGAUACAUACAGACACAUGCAUAGACACACAUACAUACACACAUACAUACAGACACAUACAUGGAGAUACAUAGACACACAGAGACACAUACACUAACACACACACAUGCAAAAUAUUUUAGUCACCCUCCUAUUACCUACCUUUUAGGUGCAGGAGGGUGACUUCCCUGGGAUCCAGGGGCUCAGGUUAAUGGGAGUCAGAGUUCCCACUCUGACUCCCUCUGCUUCCUCCCGAGCAGCUCCUGGUGGUUGCUGGGAGGAGUGACCGCGACAGUCACUUCCUCCCAGCGUCUGACGUCAUCAGUCACUCUGAUGAUGAUAUUCAUUUCCAUUGGGUGGCCCUAACAACAUGGCAAUUAUACAGCUGAAACCUCUGCGACCGUGGUAUGUAUGACGCUGCACACAGCUAGGUACAAUACUGAGAUACCUAUACAAUGCACAUAGCUGGGCACAAUACAGAGAUACCUAUACAAUACACAGAGCUGGGCACAAUACUGAGAUACCUAUACAAUACACAGAGCUGUGUGCAGCGGCAUACAUAAUGCACAUAGCUGGGUAGAAUACAGAAUACAGAGAUAACUAUACAAUACACAGAGCUAGGCACAAUACAGAGAUACCUAUACAAUACACAGAGCUGGGUUCAAUACAGAGAUACCUAUACAAUACACAGAGCUGGGCACAAUACAUAGAUACCUAUACAAUACACAGAGCUGGGUACAAUACAGAGAUACCUAUACAAUACACAGAGCUGGGCACAAUACAUAGAUACCUAUACAAUACACAGAGCUGGGUACAAUACAAAGAUACCUAUACAAUACACAGAGCUGAAUAGAGUACAUAUAUACCCAUACAACAGGUAGAGGUAAGUAAAAUACAGAGAAAUAACUCACAGAGCUGGGCACAAUAAAGAGACACUAAUAACUAUCCCAAACAGCCAGGAUCACAGUGAUGGAUUACACAGAGCUGCAAUACAGAGAUGCCCACACAGUACAUGCUUCUGUAUAAUAUUCCAGCUCUCUCAGUCUUCCUAACCCUCUCGUAUCUCUCCCUUACAUGACCUCACCUUCAGUACUGGUCCUGCUAUAAUAACUUGAGCUUUGUAUUAAUUAUUUCUGCUUUCAUGAAACAUGUAUACUACUCCGUUAGCUCUCAGCACAUAGUGUGCCCAUGGUUUAAGCAGCAGGAUACUUAUAGACACAUUUAAUUUGCAUUUAGCAAUAUAAUUAAUCUGCAGUGGUAAUAUGGAGACAAGUAGCUUACAUGGUUAACAGAAAAAAUAACCAUUACAGAUUGAAACAGGUUAAAAGCAGAAUCAGCUGAGUCCUCAGAGUCACAGCCCCAGUCCUGCAGUCUGAAGUUUCACAGCAUGAGGUCUCAGCUGUAGAGUGACUAAGCCCUUUAAAGAAGAUGGUGGACAUGUGCAGUAAGAUUUAUUCAAAUUAUUAGUGAUAGGCAACACAGUGCUUUGUGUUAGAAAUGUCCCGGUCCCCAUAUGACACUUGGUCUUCCCUGGCUUUAUAUAUAUUAAUUAUAUAGUUGUGAAAAUAUCCUUGUUUGAUCAGCCCUCUGGUAGUCACUGGGGCUAUUGGGGGAAAGAAAAAGAUAAUAUUAAACACUUACAUUUGAAAGGGGUCAGGAGCUACUGCUGUGAUCUCACUGUGUUACUUCUAAGAUGGCUUCUUGCGUGUUGACACUGUUACCACACCUCUGCUGCUAUCAGCCAAUGGUGGCCCCUGAAUAGAGAGACCAAUAGCAUGACUCAUGGACAGCUGGCUUUGCUGCAUGAAUGACAAUUCAAUGGAAAUUCCUGAAAUUCAUUCAAAAGGACAAUAGGGAAGUGCAAAACCUUCUAAAACAUGGCAGAUUUUAAAACCGACCCAUUUUUUUGACAUGCCUAGAUGCUCUCAAGUAAGCUUCUCCAAACAGCUACCAAUGGGAGAAUUGAAACCUCUCAUAGAAUUAAAGAGGCAUUAAUUUCCCCCCCAUAUUUGUUGUCUUACCCUCCUCUCCUUCAGAAAUAUAAUCUAUGUGUUUCUAACCUACUGCAAAUCAUUUUUCACCACUUAAAAACUGGUGGGGCUCUGCUCCAAGUGCCCCUAUGAAAGGGCCUCCCGUUGUUUGAGUAAGCUCAUUUUAAAUCCCAACCUGGCUUCAGGCAGUCACAGAACUACAGACGAACAAGCAGUGAUUUAUAUAGCCUCUCCAUCCAAUGCAGGCUGCUUUGAGGUUCAAACCACUCAGUGCAGUCAGUGGCUCUGCUGACACAUUUGAUGUCUGUUUCUGGCAUUAGGGGGAUGUGGCUAAGAAAGCAGGCUUUUGGUGAAGCAUUUUGCAAAACAUUCAUUUGUGCAAAAACUAUCAUUUAAGCAUUUACAAAUACAACAUAUUAAUGAGGCCAUAAUCUAUAAUGGUAAUAUUGAUUGCUGGAGCGCUGGUAUGUAGCUUCUACACAUUGAAUGAAGCAAUGACAAUCCAUAUUAAACAGCAAUUGGAAGUUUAAGAUGUCUUUACUAGAACCCUUAAAGCAAUAUUUAAAUGUAUUCAUUGACGUUUAGUGCAAAACAAAAAAAAACCCAAGCCAUUGUUGAGCAAACCCACAGUUCAGGACUCACUUAAAACUUCCAUCUUGCCUAGUGUCUGUGUGUCUGUUUAUUGAGUACCCUAAGGCCUUGGGUGACGUUUUUAGGCUGAACAGAACCAAAGGAAGUCCAUGGUAUAGGAGGGCAGUUCCCUCCACAUAUAGUGUUCAUAGGAAAUGUUAUUGGCAUGGUGGCUAGUACAAACAAAUGGCUUUUGACACAGAAAACUCUCUCUGUGGAGAGUUAUAGUCAUGUGUCUCACAUGAUGUAUGGAUCUGACAUGGAGGUCUGUCCAUGCCUUCGAGACCCAGGCUCUGGUUCCCAUGAAUCCAUUGCCAACUGGGAUGACCUGUGCUGGCCUCAAUACCUUCAGCACAACUUCACAUCACCCCACAGUGCUGCCUAACAUGCUCGGACCUGUAUUCUAGAUGCUUUAUUCUUUUGGGAAACAUCUCAGUGGCCUAGUCAAGGCCCGGAGGACACCUAGCUCAGGCACAAAGCCACAGAGUAGUAGGCUAGCAGAGAUCCUGUAUAAAUCCUGGCUACUGCAUCACUCCUGCCAUACGUUGUCACGAGGAACCCCACUGCAACUCCUGCUGCUUUUUAGCAGCAGGAAAAUGGGGUGAGGCUGCAGCCAACAACUGCUGUAUGCUAGGGCAAUUUCCCCUCCAUUGCCCUCCAUGUUAAGUGUACCAUGCAUUAUCAGCUGCGCUUCACUGUCAUGAACCAAAGAGGUGGCAUCUCAUGCCCAUGCAGGUUAUAACUUGACUGUCAUUGCAGACAUCGUCCGAUUAUGUCUUUCUCCGUAUUUCCUCUAUGGAUGGCUUGAAUACCUUUUUAUUUCAGCAUGUAGGCUAUGGACAGUCAAGAGUUGCCAUCCACGUUUGGAUUUAGGACCCAGAUGCACACAUUAUUUCCAACCUACGUGUUUGAGACAUAGAUGAGUUGUGUUCUAUUUAAAAUAUUUAAAGAUUGUAAAGCUUAUCUCGGUAGCUGUAGAUUUGUCUGCCAAACCAUUGAUCUUUGUUGACCUCUAUGAUAAACCAGGCUGGUUCUAAUUCUGUAGUUAUAGAAUUAAUUAGGAUUAGCAAUGAUUUCUAAAAUUUACAUUUGCUCCAUUGUUCGUUCGUGAUUGUAUUUGUAAUUUUGGACAAGCAGAGUGUACAUAGUUGGCAGUGGAUAAAACACGUAACUGAUACAACAGCUGCGUAAAAGUAAGCCCCUUUGCUUAAAUGUGUUCACUUAAACAGGAAUCUGGCGUUCUGUAAAAUAAGUGACCGAAUCAUGUGAUGUUUUUUGAGAUGACAAAGUGAGUUUGUGUUUUGCUUGAGUAGCGAAUGAACACUUUUUAAGCUUAUGCAAUUUGAAAGAGUUAUUACAGUUUUGAAUUGGAAACACUUGGCUUAAAGGAAGGGUGUUUGAAAAUUUACACUAAACACUUUGGGUGUUGUUAUAAAUACCAACUAAAGUUUUGUAAAAAUCGGAAAACAAACCAGUGUUUGUUGUUUUUUAAAAAUUUUUUUAUUUCUUCUAUGUCCAUAUUAGUUUGAAACACUGUUUUACCGCGUAAUCUGUCUAGUAAAGUAACCCUUUGCUUUCCUUUACAAUUAGAACAUGCAUACAUGCAUAGUUCUGUACAUUAAGAUGCAUAGUUCUAUACAAUUCACACAAAAAAGAAAGUUGGACCUCACAGGCAUCAUCCUGAAUAUCAAUGAUACAUGCUUAUUUAUUAGAAAUUUCACAUUUUUAUUUUGUUUAGUUGUUUGAAGUAAAGCUAAGCUAGUCUGCAUUUAAUCUGGGUUAAGGGCAUCACAGUAUUUAAGAAACAGAAAACCUGUUUACCAAUAAAACAAAUUAUAUAUAUAUAUAUAUAUAUAUAUAUAUAUAUGGACUGGUAAUAGCAUUAAUUUUGAGUUUAAUUUUGAAUUUAAGACCACAAGUAGUAUUGUGCAUGGAUGGUAAUACCAUGGAUGGUAAGCUACAUAAGCAAUUUCAAUUGUAGUAUUUUAAUUACCUGUGUUUAAUUUGUUUCUUCUUCUUUUUCCUCGUUAGUUCAGUGAGUGUCCAUAAAAGCAGUAGGGAUUUACCGAUACCUAAACUAUAGGCAUUCCUCUUUCACAACAGGUUUCACUGACUCCCAAAUAGCCAGCAAAGUAUUUUCUCUCAUUCUCCUGAAAACCAAACCCUCUGCAGGAAAGCCACACAACAUCAAAUGUCCCUUCUCACUCAAUCAAACUCCACUACAAUCUCCUGAAUUUCUUGGGCCAACAUGAUCUCCUACCAUCCCCAGACUUCUCUCAUGCAUCCAAGGUCCCUCGAGUUACGCUUCACACACCCAUGAGAGUCCCCAGGGUUUUCUGACAUCUUUUUAGGACCUCCUAAUUCCAAAAGCCAAAUGGGAUUCUCUCCACCAUCAAGUUCCUAUUUGACCAGAAGUCUCAGUUGACUCAUUCUUUUCUGGAUGCAUUCUAGCUUUCACCUCAAGGUCCUCCUCCUGAACCAAACAGACUGCUAGACUUAACUCUCAUUCUCAAGAAACCACUUCCACCCUUGGUGCAGUCUUUAAGUGUCCUCCAUUCCUCGAUUCCUCCGUUCCUCCGUUCCUCGGUUCUGUACUAUAGAUUUUGCUCUUGCCUCAAAGAAACCGCCUUUCAGGUUUCAAUAGUUUGACAUCGCUUUGUAAUUUUGGCCUGAAUUUCACAAUUCAAUGCAGGUUUGCAUUUAGUAAACCCUGCCGUUUUUCAUUAUCCAACAUGCAGCUAUCUUUUUGUUAAUGUUAUGCUGUAUUUUGUACUUUCCUAUUUUUGUCCUGGUAACAUGCUCAAACACUCAAACAGUGCUGCAUCAUCUCAUUGUAUCUGAGAUUUCAAAACACUAAGGUCCAUUAAGGACAAUAGUCGUGAUUUGCUGCCAGAUUAAUUAAAACACAAUAAAUUAGUGAACCGGCAAAUUGAAAUUCAUGCUGUGCAUCUAGUGAGGCUCACAGGUCACCUAUUUGUUACAGUCAACAUAUAUCAUGAAAAAAUACAUGUAACAAAAUGAAUUGCAAACAGUUUAAAGAGUACAAGAUUUUAAAAUUACAUUUCUAAUAUGUGAUGUUACUAAGAGAUCUGCAUUUAUAUUUAAAAAGUGUAUGUUGGGCUUUUUAAAAUGUACAAACAUAUAUAUAUAUAUAUAUAGUAUAUAUAUUAAUGGUAUUCUGAACUGUAGGAUCAGAUACAAUGUAGAAUAUUUUACCAAACGGUUUCAAAAAUGACUUUCAUAAUGAUAAUGAUUCAUAAUGAUUAUUUCAUACAGAAUACUGUUAACUUCUGAAACGAAAUAGACACCAAUCCCUUAUUACAAUCCCAUCAGAUGUAUUUUUCGUAAAGAAGUCUGAGAAAUUCUGAAUUCGAGACUAGGACUAGCCUUGUGUAAAGUCAGUCCACCUUAGACUUAUUAAAGGAACAUUAUAUUAUUAGGAAUACAAACCUGUAUUUAUUGUAUCUAUUAUAUUUUUUACAGUGUAGGUGCCUGGCUCCCCCUUGUCUUAAGUAUAAAAGCAGUGUUCCCAUGUCUCUCUGCUCUCCUCGCUGCUGGUCCCCUUCCUUGUCUAAGAUUAUAGCAAUGUUUUACAUUGCAGGGUUAAAACUUCAGAGACACAGACAUGUAGUGGUCUGGUAGAUUUUGCGGUCCUUUAAAUUAAACCUGUUGAAAUACUCUAGAAUGUUAGAACCCAGAAGUAACUCAAUGUAUCUACCGAGAUAUCAUGCAUACCUUACUGAUGCCCAGAGAGGCGGGAACAAUAAUUAAGUGUUGGUUAGUUUCUCAUGCAGAACAGUCCUACAUGCUUGUUUAUGUAUGAGACUGUCUCAAUGAGUGAAAUCGCUCUAAUGGGCUAAUGAUACAGGUUUCUUUAUUUAGGAACUUUUUUAAUGGUAAGAGACACUCCAAAUCUCAUUAUCUCUGCAGCUUAUUGUACUGUUUACAGUGUACGAAGACUCCACUUUUUAACCAAAUUGUUUUCUAGUGGUUUAACAAAAACUCGAGGAUUCCUUGAGAAUUCAACUCCGCCUCUGCUUGCAGUGGGUCAAUGAGAACAUUUUACAUUAUGAAUAUGUUUACAGGUUAGGUGGGAUUCGGACGCACUGCGCCCCUGUGAACCAUACCACCACAGGUAAAUCCUGCUCAUACAAAUAAUAAUUUUAGAUGUAAAGAGGAAGUCUUCCCUGAUUAUCUUACUGCCAGAGGGACAGCACCCAUAGCCGGCUCCUCCACUGCGAAACCAUAACCACUACAACUUAGUGGUACAGUAUGCUGAAGUGCUUAUAGUGCUUUUAUUGUCCUUUUAAGCAUUUUUACAGUUUCUGCGAAAGUCUCUUCCACUUAAUUUUUGGCUUUCUGCCUCGUGGCAUGCUUAUCCACUCUAGCUGAACUAUAUUCUGUUAGGAAGAUGUACUGUCGCUUUAACUUAACAGAAUGAUUCAUUUUCCGCAGAGGAACAAGCAGACGACGCACGUAUGAAAAAUAAAAUCUAUUUUUGUAAUAUUUCCUAUGGUUUAUUCAUUGUUACAAGUUAAACCUGAUGAUGUGCAUAUAGAUUUGUUAAAUCGCAACUGUCAUCAAGUUUUCACUUCUUGUUUUUUUUUUUUUUUUUAUAAAUGUUUAUUAUAUUAAAUUAACCCUAAAGAUUAUUUUUUAACCCGUUCCAGCCCUUAGAACUUGUAUUUACGUCCUGAAUGGCAUGGAGUUUAACAACGUUAAAGAGUAAUGGCAUGUCCUAUUGUCUGUGCCCAUGCAGCCCCACCAAAUCAUACUCCCCUUGCCGGAUCCCAUCGGCAGUCACCCAGCAGCCAAUCUAGCUGAUCCGAGUGGUGAUUGCGGUGACACCAAUAUCACAUGACUCCGAUUGGCAGGAUUGGCUGUAGUGGGACUGUCAGGGUUGUCAGGCAAACCCCCCAAUAUAUAUAAUAAACUAAUACAAUAUUAGAAUUAUAUAUAUAAAUAACAUAUAUUAUACACUUACAAUAAAAAAGUGAAAAUAAUACAUCCAUUCAUUCUAAGUGUAUUUAUAUAUUAUUUUAAUACUUACAUGUUGGGGGACCUGCCUGACUACCCAGGCAGAAGUGGCAGAUAAUUUAAUUCCAUGUGCAAGCUCUACAUUGCUGAACACAAAUAUGAGUUUUUAUGGAGCAGUAUAAUGUAUAAUAACAAUAUCAUCAGUGAAAGUGCUUUUUGUGUGAAUACACCAUUUCUUAACUUCUGACAUUUUUUUUUAUUUUUUAUUUCAUUCAUGUUAAAUUGUGUUCCAUAUAUAAAUAUUUGAUGUUAAAUUAAAGACCUUUUUUUUCCUAAACAAAAUGAAAUAUAAUAAGUGUGGGUGCAUUUAAUAUGAAAGAGGUAAAUUAUGGUUGAACAGACAUAUAGCUCCAAUUCCAGGUUUUGUUGUGGUUAAGAACUUGGACAAUUGCCUCCUUCCUUAAGGUGUUAAAAUGAUGUGUAUUAAUUAUUUAUUUAUUUUGUACAUUUAUAUUUUUAGCAUGCUGAGCAGCCAGUUAAGCUCUACUGUCUACUGACCAACUGCUGCUCAAUCUAACGUGCAGCAUGUUCACACAGACCAAUCACAGCAGCAGCAAGUUCAGUCAAGCAGCAGUUGGUCAGGUAACAGUAGUGUCUGACCCAACAUGGAUGUUGAAAGAGAUAAAAAAAAAGUUUAGCCACCCCAUCCCAUCUCUGAAAUGUACAUUUUCCACAAACUUUUCUAAUUAAAGAGGAAUUUCAACUUUUCUGGAACUUUGAUACAACAUUGAAAUUACUUAUAACUUUUAACCUUUUUUUCUUACCUUGGGAUGCUCAGUUUUGUUCAAAUUUAUAUUAAAGGACGUCACAAUCCAGUUCAGUUCAGGCACAGUUAGGGCACAAAUUGCAAAUAAGGAGAAGAUAUAGAAACAUUGUUUAAUUUCUCCCCCGUUCUCUGUGUGCUUUCUAUAGUCUGACUGUCAGGUGCCGAGAACCGAUUUUAUAAAAAUGAAUGACAGAGCUAAGAUGGCAGCACCCACUUGCGGUCUUAGAGUUGUGAAUUUCUAAAUUCAAUUAUAUUUUUUUACACCUCAUAAGUACAUAUUUGAUUUACUAGUGACUGGAAACAUUUCCCAAUGUGUUUACUUGUAGUUAGGUACGUGUCUGAUAUCACUUUGUUAGCAGAGUUAAUAAAUAAUAUUGCUAGUAAAUGUGUUAUCUUGUAUUGUUUUGCAAAUUAUGAGCCAAAACAUUUGACCAAGGUCAUGUUCUUACGACGGCUUUCCUUUCUCUUUGCAGGUGGCCAACAUGUCGACACAGCUUCAAGACUUCAAUUUUUCCGAGGGCAAACCUCUUCUAGUGGAGAAGGAAGAGGUAUGUUCGAUCUCCUUAUAUACAUAUGUUAAUGCUAAGAUAUUUACUGAGUAUGGAUGUUUUUUGUUGCAUAGACAGUGCCAUGUUGUUCCAACCUGUCUGUUAGUACUAGAAACUCCACCGAUUUGAAAAGUGAGACCUUAUCCUGAUAAUUUCCCCAUUUUAGACUUUUUUUUUUUCUUUCAUCAAAAUGUGAGAUCUAUAAUGUUCUCAAGUAAAAAUUACAUUUUUUUCUUGGGGUGGAAAUACAAUUUAGUUAUACCUAUUCCUAGGAGAUUACCAGAUUUGGCAUUGUAUACAGCUGACAGGUCAUCUCGGAGCGGGUAAUGAUGCUUAACGUGCAGGGCUGGUGCAAGGAUUUUUGCUGCCCUAAGCAAAAAUGUUGCUGUCCCAUUCACUCCACAGUGGUCCUUUAGGUUUAAUCCCACAAGAUAAAACAUUGCCUUACCUUGAAGGGUUACUCACACCUCUAGUAGCUGUCACAGUGACAGCCCUAGAGACACCUCCGCUACAAUGCCAGGUUUGACUAUGAGAAGGGUUGGAAGUGCCACUUAUGCGCAUCAAGUCCCCAAUGCUGUAUGAGGAUCAUUGGAUUGGACUAGCGUUGCCCCAUCAGUGACAUUGAGCGAAGUAAGGGGGCAAGCAGUGCAAAUGGAGUCUUUGUGCUUGAUAAAUGUAAGUAUCCCCCGUCCCCCUUUUAAAAAAAAUAUUUUUAUGUUGGGGGGCUUCAAUCUAUGUAGGGACAGAGACACUAUAGUAUUUAGAAUACAGGUUUAUAUUUUUUUAUUAAAAUGGUCCUUUUUCCCCAAAUACAAUCACUGAUACUACAUACAUAUACACACACACACACACUCGCUUACACUUAAUGGUCCACACAAACACAAUCUGUGACCAAUGCACACACAAAUUCAAUGACUCACGCAGAGUGAGACACACACACUGACUCAAGCAGACAUACACUGACUCAUGCAGACUGACACACACACACACACACACACACACAGAGAUCCAAGCAGGCAAACACAUACAGACCCAAGCAGGCACACACAGAUCCAAGCAGAAAAACACACUAAUCCAAGCACACACACACUGAUCCAGACACACACACACUGACCCAAGCAGAGACACACUGAUCCAGACACACACACACACUGACCCAAGCAGACACACACACACACACACUGACCCAAGAAGACACACACAGACAGACUAAAGUAGACACACACACUGACCCAAGCAGACACACCCAGACAGACCCAAGCAGGCACACACACAGAUCCAUGCAGACACACACACUGACCCAAGCAGACACACACAAAAUACUGAUCCAGACACACACACACACACAUACCUAAGUAGAAACACACACUGACCCAAGCACACGUAGAUCCAGGUAGACACACACUGAUCCAGACACACACAGAUCCAAGCAGACACAAACAGUGACCCAAGCAGACACACACACCCUGACCCACACAGAAAAUACUGAAUCCAGACACACAAAAAAUACUGAUCCAGACACACACACACUAACACAAGCAGACAAACAAACAGACCCAAGCACACACACGCUGACCCAAGCACACACAUAAAAAACUGAUCCACACACUGACUUAAGCAGACACACACAGUCAGUCCCAAGCACACACAAACAUACUGACUGAAACAGGCUGACACAAGCACAUGACUCUUUUAGCUCCGCCCCUGCUAUGCUACAGCCCACUUGAUCCCGAAUACCGGGCGACAGAGCCGGCGCUACCAUAAGGCGGCCCAGGCCUUAGGGCGCACCAGCCCUGGGGGCGCAACAUCAGGAUGACCAGCACUGCGCUCCCCUCCAGCUGGUUACUACUUGUAGCGUGGCCUAGCGCAGCCCAGAGAUUCCCGCCCGUGGAGCCCAUCAUAUCCAUGCUCUCUGUGUAACACACAGCGCGGCUGGCGCCCAGUGAUGGGGCUGGGCUGCAGGACGGGACUCCACAGAGCUGGACAGCAUGCACCCCAGGGACAAGAUGUAUGUAUGUCUCUGUAUGUAUGUCUCUGUAUGUAUGUAUGUCUCUGUAUGUAUGUCUCUGUAUCCAUGUAUGUAUGUAUAUGUAUGUAUGUUUGUCUCUGAAUGUCUGUAUAUAUGUCUCUGUAUGCAUGUGUGUAACUGUAUGCCUUUAUGUCUCUGUAUGUACGUAUGCAUGUAUGUGUCUGUGUGUCUCUGUAUGCCUGUAUGUCUUUGUAUGCAUGUUUCUGUAUGUAUGUAUGCGUCUGUAUGACGGUUUGCCUAUGUAUGUAUGUUUGUAUGUGUCUGUAUGCCUGUAUGUCUUGUAUGUACAUAUGCAUGUGUAUGUAUGCCUGUUUGUCUUUGUAUGUAUGUUUCUGUAUGCAUGUAUGUCUCUGUAUGUCUGUAUAUAUGUAUGUGUCUGUAUGGCUGUAUGUCUCUGUAUGCGUGUAUGUCUUUGUAUGCCUGUAUGUAUGUAUGUGUCUGCAUGCCUGUAUGUCUCUGUAUGUAUGUGCCUGUAUGUCUUUGUAUGUAUGUUUCUGUAUGUAUGUAUGUGUCUGUAUGUCUCUGUAUGUAUGUGCCUGUAUGUCUUUGUAUGUAUGUUUCUGUAUGUAUGUAUGUGUCUGUAUGAUGGUAUGCCUCUGUAUGUAUGCAUGUCUUUAUAUGCCUUCAUGUCUCUGUAUGCAUGUAUGUCUUUGCCUGUAUGUCUGUAUGUCUGACUGUAUGUGUCUGUGUCUGUAUGUCUCUGUAUGAUUAUUUCUGUGUUUGUAUGACAGUGUACCUGUAUGACUUUGACUGUGUGACUGAAAAAUGAUGCCUGUGGCUUGGGAGGAAAUACACACAGGUGAAGAUGCAUUUAUUUUUUUUAAAGGAGGGUGAGGGGCGCCAAAAUGCAUCUUCGUCUGUGUAACUAAAAAUACUAGCACCGGCCCUGCCGGGCGGGAGCACCCAUGCAAUGCUGGCAUGACAGGUGUGCUGGGGGUGGGGGGGGGCGGCUCUCUGAUCUUUUUGGGCUAAGGUUGAAGACACCGGGCGCUAGUCUGUAGCCAUGUAAGUGCUUCCUAUCGCCCGCUGCCAUCACCUGCAGCACACACAAAAAAUGCUUCUUAUUGCCUUAAGAAGCGCCCUAGGCGGCUGCCCAAUCGGCUAUAGGACGCGCCGGCCCUGUUAACGUGCCUACUCCCAAUCCUUUUCCUAUCUCAAAACACCAUGACCUGACCCAAUACUGAUGUAGCCAUGUCUCUUCAAAGGUUGUCACCCAAUUCUGGGUAGGUCAUGCCUCUUUUACUUCUGGUUGAGGCUGCCUUCUUUUUCUUAAGAUUGCCCAGUUUCUGUGUGAUUUUUUGACAAGCAGUUCACUAAAGUACACAGGCAUGGGUACGAUUUAAAGCUGGAGUAUCUACCAGCUGGAAGAAAAAAACUGUGGGUUAAUAUAGUCCACUAACAAUUAGAGGGCCAACGCCGGACACAUGCUUAUAUGUUUUCAAACAGUUUUGCAAACUAAUCUCCUGGCUCAGUUUAAUUGCACUAUGAUAGUAAUGAAGGAAAUUCGUUACAUUAAUAUAGUUACAGCAGUUGUUUGCGAAGAAUGUAGUAUGAGCAAGCUUUGUGGAAUCUCUUAGUGCCCCCGACCUGAAUGUCUGCAUGUUACAGGAAUGAUCAAAUUAAAUGUAGGCAGAGAACCGGCGGUGAUGCCAUCAUACUAACGGAUGGCAGUCUUCACAGUCAUACACAGUCAUAGAGGGCAGACCUGCAGGAAAAACAAUACUGAGAGAGGAGAUGGAGAUUCCAUGGAGAUACCAGAACACUGAUGUUUUAAGCUGGAUUUUAUAGGGUUAACUGCAUUUUGCUUAGCUAAGAAAAUGUAACCAAGUAAACAUUAAUAUCUAGCGAAUCAAUGAUUUAUCACAAGAAGAAGUAAUGUCUAUCUGUAAGGUUAGAAUUUACACAUUAGAUUUUACACAUUUGUGUCAUUCUAACCCUUGCAAUGAUAGGUUUCUAUCGAAUUUGUUAAAAUGAAAAUGCAAAUAUAUAUAAACGUUUUACAUAGAUCUAUUGAAGGAGAAGUUGCAAACAAGUCGAUCUCUUUAUUACACUCUUUUUUAAAAAUAAAUAAAUGAUUAAGUCUCUAAACCGCAAACACAUUGUUGGAGACACAUCCUAUGAAAGAUUAUUACCGAGCACGUAUCACAUCGAUUACGACAUGUUGUCACUAUGUAGGGAAUAGAAUUUCAUCUAAUAUUUUGUGAUAGGCCACAGGUGUAAAGUUAUUUCCUCGCUUAUCGUGUGAGUUCAUUAUUUGUUAGAAAUAUUAGGUAUGGAGUCCACAGGUGACAUUAAACUUAAAUGACGCAUGAUGACAUCCCACAAUUCAUUGCUUGUACCCACUUGCUAGGAAUUUUGGGAUGGCACAUUUUAUUUGGCUGGAAGACAGCUGUGCGCACAGCUGGCUACAGAAUCCAUAUUUGUAGAAAAAUCAUCUUUCUUCUCCCCGCUGAGUCUGAAAUACAGCUCUGAGUUCCCUUAGCCCCCUAAAGACCAAUGAAAUGCUAAACAUGCUAUGAUAUCAUGGACGUUACAUGUUCAUAACAAAUAUUUAAAAAUCCAGACUCUCCUUCUGUCUCUCACUCCCCUAUUCACAAAUAUUAUAUAUUACAUUUCCUCCAGGAAAAGGCUGAAAACAUUAUAAUAAUUUUCUCUUAUUUGUUUGUUUUCUCUUUUAGGGGAUCACGGUGUUAUUACAGGAAUACGAGAUUAAGGUAAGAUCACGACCUGCUUUAUUUAUACUGAUCAGUCUGAAUCCCUAUCCAUUUAUCAGAUAUCAUAAUGCUCAGAAAAUAAUUACAGUUACCUGGAAUCACAUUUUAACCCAUCCAGUAAAGGUGCCCAACUUUUAAAAAAUAAUGUUUUAACGCGUGUUUGUGAACUUAUCUAUAUUAAUAACGAUGGUUGGUUUUCUUGUGAAUUCCAUUUUUUCAUUUUCUGCACUUCACUGUUUUCACUGUGAGAUAUAGCCAUCCUGAAUUUGGCUAUAGGGCAAAAGUAAGUUAGUUGAAAACUUACCUACGUCAUCCUGACCAGGUAGGUUAUAAAGCUAAAGAAAUAGCCAACUGGAUAUUACAUGUACCUUAGAAUGCGUUGACUGCCUAAUAAGAGGUUGCCUUCAAAUCCUGAAGCUGAGCUUACUUGUUACAGCAGACUGAAAGUAAAAAUGAUUAAAAAAUAUAUUUAACCAUGUAACAAAAACAGCAGAGACAGUCACAUCAUUGUGUGUUGGGGUUAAUACUGAACAAUGAAUAAAUAAUACCCCCUUUUUUGUACCCCUGUCCAUGAACUGUAGAUGGGUGGGGAUCUCCUGCCAUAAACACACCAUUUCCACCCCUGAUGUACACAAUGUUUAAAUUACGACCGAGGCUGGAACCCUAGAGCUUGGUGGGGAACUUAGAUAACAAGCCUGGGGUCUUUGGACCAAAGUGGGCAUUUAUUUUCUUGAACUGAGCUCUUGAUGCUGAUUGGUAGAUAGUGCUUAACAAAUAUAAAGAAUAACUUAAAGCAACUUAAAAAUGAAAAUAUGGAGAUUAUUGGAUAGACCCCCAUCAUGCUUACCCAGCAGUAGCUCGUCAACCUCUGUGAAUGAAUCGUCUCUAAGAAAUCUUAUUUAAUGUUGAGAAAAGCAGAUUUAGAUUUUUCUUGUAGUUUUAAUUCUUUCUGGUUUAUGAAUAAAGUGUAUCGAGUGACGGGAAAUGCUCAUACUUGAAUCUUCAGAUUGGGAUUGGUUGCGUUUGGCCCUGCAGAUGGUGGCAAAUUACCUUUCCCGCGAUGUUUAGCCCCCGGCUGAAUUUCUCGAUUACCUGCCCAGCUACUGCUACAAAGUCAUCUUCAGCUACACUAUUUACCAGUUUACAGUUAGGGGACGUGCUAUAAAAAGCAUGUGUUAAUUAGCAGGCAGAUGUUAAUCCGUUUAACCACCCCUCUGUCUGUCAAGCUACAAAUCCGUGGUACUUUGAGAUCUUCUUAAGAGUGUUAAUAAUGUAAACAAGUAUAAGCAGCACGUACAAAAAAACAGGUUUAAAACCGACCAAUAUGGGAUUAGACAGAUUGAUACAGUAAACAUUUUUCUAAAUACUAAAAAUAUAUAUUUUUAAAAAGGAUGAAAAAACUUUGUGCUGUAAACCAGUGAUCGUGUAAUGGCAAUCUUUUGUGAAAAACAUUUCCGAUGAUUUGCGGCAUGCCUUAAGGCUAUCUGAGCAUCAUGUCAAACACAGUCUACCGAACAGUGUCAUGAGGAUACAAGGCUGUUCCUUGAAGGCAAGGUUCCUCCUAGAAAUCACUUUCACCCAAACACUAAUUCCUUAACUGUUUCAAAAAAAAAUAAUUAACCAGCUUGCAAGGAAAUUGGACAUUUCAUGCUAAAAUGCAAAAAAUAAAAAUUAUCGAGUCAAAGAUUUUUUCAGUUUUAGCUAGAAUUUUUAUUUAUCUUUUCUUCUCCACAGAUCAAGUAAAAAGACUAGGAUAGCCAAACUGAAAACAAAUACAGGCUUACUUGGAGAAAUUUAGUUUGAAUUCCUGGCAAUUCACACUUUAGUAAUUAACUCUUUAGAGAAGUAUUCACACUUUUUUAUGAGCCUCUUAUGAAAGCGGCAUCCAUAAAAUUCUGAAGCUGUAUUAGAAACGGACAUAAUUACAGUUGGAAAUAGUUGAUAACACAGUCUAUAUCAGACUUGUGGGGUACAAUUUAAAUAUAUAAUUGUGAUUAUUUACGAUGAUUUUCCCAGCAUCAAAGUGCCUAAACAUGUCACAGAAUAUGUGCAAUAUGAAAAAUAUCUUGGGAACUGCAAAAAUAUAGAGCAACACAUUGACAUUUUUAUGCCCUCUGAACUCACAUGGUCUGUGUUAAUUUAUUCAUCUCUCUACUGUGCCAAGGGAAGGUUAUAUGUUAAUAUAAGUAUUUUAUCUUCUUCUCAAUUAGGUAUUAUUAUAAGGAAUAGUUUAGUUUCUAGUGUUUUAACUGAAUCUUUAUGCAGGUUAUGCCUUUCUACAAUCACUAUAGAUUAUUUUGUCCUUAUAAAAGAAUAUUCAUUAGAUACUGUGGUAAGAUACUAUCGUGCGUGGGUUGCUGUGCCAUCUAGUGGUCAGAUGCUGAAACCUUCUACUUGGUAUUUAAAAGGACCAUCUUUGUCAAUGACUAGGGAAAACCAGUAGUCAACCAUAGUAGUGUCAAAGUCUUUUGGAAAGUCUCUGUUAUUGUAACUGUGAUUGGAAUUUAGUUAAUGAGUCUAAAAUUAUUGAAAUUAAUACUUCCAUAGUGUUUUUUGAAAACCAACUCAGGUGGCUUAACAUGCUGAUAUAAUUCCAGGUUCCAAUAGUAUGUUUGUUGCCAAGAGAUCAAUGAAAAGCAGUCUUUGUGUUUAUUCAUUUAUAGAAUGGUAAACGAUUGUCAAUGUGUCACUCAUCGCAUUUCGAUCCACAGUUUCUUUCCACGUCAGAGUUUUCUAAUGUUCUGCUUUAAUAUUCAACUUUCCACCCUGCAGAUAUUUAUUGUAAUUUUUAUAAUUUUUAAAUUUUGAAACAUUUUGAAACAGAGGAUUUUACAGUUACAUAGUUAAAUGAAAAGAGACUUGCGUCCAUCAAGUUCAGCCUUCCUCACAUGUUUUUGCUGUUGAUCCAAAAAAAAAGGCAAAAAAAAACAGUCUAAAGCUCUUCCAAUUUUGCAACAAACUAGAAAAAAAAUUCCUUCCUGAUUCCAAAAUGGCAGUCAGAUGUCUCCUUGGCUCAAGCAGCUAUUACCCCAUUAAUUAGAAAUUAUAUUCCUGUAUGUUAUGUUUUUGCAAGUAUUUAUCCAAUUGCUGUUUAAACAUCUGUAUGGACUCUGAUAAAACCACCUCUUCAGGCAGAGAAUUCCACAUCCUUAUAGUUCUUACUGUAAAAAAAAACCCUUUCUUUGCCUUAGAUGAAAUCUCCUUUAUUCCAGCCUAAAUGCGUGACCUCAUGUCCUAUGUAUAGCCCUGUUUAUGAAUAGAUUUCCAGAUAAUGGUUUGUACUGGCCCCGAAUAUAUUUGUAUAAUGUUAUCAUAUCCCCUCUGAGGUGCCGUUUUUCCAAACUAAAGAGAUUUCAUUUUUUUUUAACCUUUUUUAAAUAGAGAGUAAAUUAAGUAGAAGGUUUGGGUUAUUCAGUCCUACAUUUUUGUCAACAAAUUCAGUAGUUAAAUAACUGAGACAAAUAUCUCUAAUCUCAACGCAAUGAUCACAGUUAUGGUUUUUCAAGAUUCAGAGCACCUACUGAUAAUGGAAUAGAACCAGUUCCUGCUUGAAGGAAAACUUAUAAAGUUUCCAAAAGUUUGACCAAAAUGAGUACCACUGACAUUAGUGUAGCUGCUGAGAUGCUCAAUCCAGAUAACCCACCUUAGUUUACUUCUCAUUUCUUUGGAGCUUUAAUACUUUAAUUGGGUUUCAGUAGACCUUUUAAGGAGAUAAGCUGCACCUUACAAAUGCCUUGGCAAAGUCCAAGUAGAUCACAUCCACUGCAACACCCUGAUCUAUACUUCUACUUACUUCUUCGUAGAAUGCAAUUAGGUUAGUUUGACAUGACCUAUGUUUCAUAAAACCAUGCUGAUUAUUGCUAAUAACAAAGUUCUUCCCAAUGAAUUCCUGAAUAUUAUCCCUUAAUAGCCCUUCAAAUAUUUUCCCAGUUACAGAAGUUAAGCUCACAGGUCUAUAAUUUCCAGGCAAGGAUUUUGAACCCUUUUUAAAUAUAGGAACAACAUCUGCCUUCCUCCAAUCCUCCGGUACAACACCUGAAACAAAAGAAUCUUGAAAAAUUAAAUACAGAGGUUCACUUAUUUCCCCACUUAGCUCCUUAAGUACUCGAGGGUGAAUACAGUCAGGCCCCGGAGCUUUAUUUAUUUACUGGAGUUUGAUUGAAAGUAGGCUAUUUAAAGUAGUCUCUUUUAAGUAGGAGUUAAAACAACAGGAGUUUGUUGGUGAACUGGUGGACUGUGGUUGGUAUUAGUUAAUACCAAGUGGAAAAGAAAAGCAGGUUUAAAUUUUAGUAUUUGUUUGGUUUUUUGUUUGUUUUUUUCUAUCUUUUUGGGUUUUGUUUUGUUUGUAUUUUGUGGGGGGUUUUUUUGUUUUUUUUUUUACUUUUACCCUUUUUAAAAAAAAACAAAUUAUUUCUCCUUACUGUUUUGAUUUAUUUUAAUAUUUUGUAACUUUUUUCCCCUUUUCAUAUAUAUAUAUUUUUUCUCUUUGGAUAUAUUUAAACUUUGUUCCUUUUUUUUUUCUUCUAUAUUUUCACCUUGCUGGUAUUAUUUAAAACAUUUUCCCUCCCUUUUUUUUUUUUUUUCCCUCUCUUGUUGUUUCUAUUCCCCUCCUUGUGGGUGCUGCUGCUGAGCUAAUUAGGGGGAGUGCCCCUUAAUUUCCACCUGUGUGGGAUUUGUAUUGCAAAUAUAAACCCACUACUGACUCACAGAGCUUGCUCACUGGAGUUUGCUUGAAAGUAGGCUAUUUAAAGUAGUCUCUUUUAAGUAGGAGUUAAAACAACAGGAGUUGAAACUACAAGGGAGUUUAAACCAAGAGGGUUAACAUUUUUUUUUUUUUUUCUCACUUGUGUUUUUUGUUACUGGGGAUGAGUGCUAGCAAGAUUGCAAAUUUAACUCAGUGCACAUCAUGCCGCAUGUAUGCAUGCCUGGAUGGUUCUGUCCAGGGUCCAUACCUCUGUGGUGGGUGUGAGCGAGUGGCAUUUCUGGAAGCUCAGAUUAGAGAUCUGGAGAGGCAAAUUGUAACACUGAGGGAGAUUGACAAUCUUGAGAGGAGUCUGCUGCUCACUGAGCAGAGUUUAGUGGGGACAGGUAGUGGAGAGGGAGGAGAUAAGACAGAUGGGGAACAGGCACGUAGCUGGGUGACAGUGGGGAGAGGAAGCAGGGGGGGAGGGAAGAGAAAAGGUUUAGCUAGUCCUGAUCUCAUGCAGCCUAACAGAUUUGCCCGUUUGAGUGAAGAUGUUGGGAGCAUCAGCUCAGGAGUAGCUGUACUGCAGGAAGCUGUUCCUGCUAACAGCCGUGGAAACAGCCCCUCUAGUACGGGUGGGGUUGAGAGGGUAAGGAAGGCUAGACAGGUUGUGGUGGUAGGGGACUCUAUUAUUAAGAGAGUAGAUAGGGUAAUCUGCCACUCUGAUCGACUCAACCGGACAGUUUGCUGUCUCCCGGGUGCUCGGGUCCGGCAUGUUGCCGACAGAGUGGAGGGAUUAUUGGGAGGGGCUGGAGAUGACCCAGCUGUCAUGGUCCAUAUUGGUACCAAUGACAAAGUCAGAGGAAAAUGGAAGGUCCUAAAGAAUGAGUUCAGGGAACUAGGAAGUAAGCUUAAGAAAAGGACCUCCAAGGUAAUUUUUUCAGAAAUAUUACCUGUGCCGCGCGCUACAGCAGAAAGGCAGCGGGAGAUUAGAGAGGUCAAUGCGUGGCUAAAGUCUUGGUGCAGGAAAGAGGGUUUUGGGUUUUUAGAGCACUGGGCCGAUUUUGCGCUUGGGUACAACCUGUAUAGUCAUGAUGGAUUGCACCUAAACGGAAGAGGGUCUGCUGUGCUGGGGGAUAGGAUGGCUAGAAGGUUGGAGGAGAUUUUAAACUAGUGGUAGGGGGGGAGGGUCAAAGCAAUCUAGAAAAUGGAGAUAUGAUGGAAAAGAGAUGGGCUUUAGCUCAGAACAAAGGGGGUGGAGAUGGGGGGAGGGGAAAACUCAGAACAGAGGAGGUAUGUAAUAUUGAUAAUUCACAAAAAGUACAAAAGACUCAUGAUAAUAUUAAAUGUAUGCUUACUAAUGCAAGGAGCCUAUAUAACAAAAUGGGGAACUAGAGGCAAUAGCAUACACUAAACAAUAUGAUAUAAUAGGCAUAACAGAAACAUGGUGGGAUGAGACACAUGACUGGGCAGUUAAUUUAAAUGGGUACACGUUAUUUAGGAAGGAUAGGAAAAACAAGAAGGGUGGUGGGGUAUGUUUAUAUGUCAACCGUGAGUUAAAGUCAAAUCUUAGGCAUGUGGAGUGUGACGAGGAAAAGGUGGAGGCUUUAUGGGUAGAUAUCUGCUUGGGGAAAACAAAGGGAAAUCAAUUAUUGGUUGGGAUAUGUUAUAAACCACCUAAUGUAAAUAUUAAUGAGGAAGAACAGCUGUUAGAGCAAAUUGAGAAAGCUGCAAAUCGAGGUAACACGUUAAUUAUUGGAGAUUUUAAUUAUCCAGACAUAAAUUGGGAAAGAGGGACUAGUACUUCAGCAAGGGGAAUCAGGUUUUUGAAUGUGUUAAAUGACACCUUUAUGUCACAACUGGUACAAGCACCAACUAGACAGGAUGCUUGUCUGGAUCUUGUCAUAACAAACAAUGUUGAUCUUUUAACCAACAUUCAAGUAGGGGAGCAUUUGGGAAAUAGUGAUCACAAUAUGGUAAAUUUUGAAAUAAACUCAAAAAAGCAAAAGCAGGUGGGGUAUACUAAAACAUAUAAUUUUAAAAAAGCCAAUUUCAAUAAGAUUAGGGCAGCUCUACAACAUAUCGACUGGCAUAAACUCCUUAGUGAUAAAAACACUGAGGAUAAAUGGAAACUAUUCAAACAUAUAUUAGAAAGGUACAUUUCUCAGUAUGUACCAUUGGGUAAUAAAUAUAAAAGAAACAAAUUAAAACCAAUGUGGCUUAGUAGAGAAGUAAAACAAGAGAUUAAAAAUAAGAAAAGGGCAUUUAAAGCAUUUAAAUCAGACAAAUCAAAGGCAUCCUAUUUAAGAUAUAAGGAAGCCAAUAACGCUUGCAAAAAGGCAAUUAAAGUGGCUAAACUAGAAAAAUGAGAAAUUGAUAGCUAAAGAAUGCAAAACCAACCCCAAAAAUUCAAGUACAUCAAUUCUAAAAAAACAAAAAAUGAAAGUGUAGGUACACUUGAAACAGAGUUGGGUUUAUUAGCUAAUGAAGACCAGGAAAAAGCAGAAAUUUUAAAUAACUAUUUUUCUUCAGUAUAUAUUAAUGAGGAUCCUAUGGCAAGAGAUAUGCAAAUGUUUGCUGCAAAAAACUUGCAAAUAACUUGUGACUGGAUAACUCGAGACAAGGUGCUACAGCUAUUAAAGAAAAUUAAUGUAAAUAAAGCUCCGGGGCCUGACUGUAUUCACCCACGAGUACUUAAGGAGCUAAGUGGGGAAAUAAGUGAACCUCUGUAUUUAAUUUUUCAAGAUUCUUUUGUUUCAGGUGUUGUACCGGAGGAUUGGAGGAAGGCAGAUGUUGUUCCUAUAUUUAAAAAGGGUUCAAAAUCCUUGCCUGGAAAUUAUAGACCUGUGAGCUUAACUUCAGUAACUGGGAAAAUAUUUGAAGGGCUAUUAAGGGAUAAUAUUCAGGAAUUCAUUGGGAAGAACUUUGUUAUUAGCAAUAAUCAGCAUGGUUUUAUGAAACAUAGGUCAUGUCAAACUAACCUAAUUGCAUUCUACGAAGAAGUAAGUAGAAGUAUAGAUCAGGGUGUUGCAGUGGAUGUGAUCUACUUGGACUUUGCCAAGGCAUUUGAUACGGUUCCUCACAAUAGGUUAGUUUUCAAACUAAAAGAAAUUGGUCUAGAUGAAUAUUCCUGUUCUUGGGUAGAACAUUGGCUUAAGGACAGAGUAAAUUUUCAGGCUGGACAAAAGUGGCAAGUGGUGUCCCUCAGGGUUCUGUUUUGGGACCACUUCUAUUUAACAUAUUUAUAAAUGAUCUUGAAAUAGGCAUUGAAAGCCAUGUAUCAGUGUUUGCAGAUGACACAAAACUUUGUAAAGUAAUAAAAUGUGAGCAGGAUAUUGCUUUGUUGCAGAGAGAUUUGGAUAGAUUGGGGGACUGGGCACUAAAAUGGCAGAUGAAAUUUAACAUAGAGAAAUGCAAAGUUAUGCACUUCGGGGUUAAGAAUGCACAAGCAACUUACACACUAAAUGGUAGUGAAUUAGGGAUAACCACACACGAGAAGGAUUUGGGCAUUGUUAUAGACAACAAAUUAGGCAGCAAUAUGCAAUGUCAAUCUGCAGUUGCUAAGGCCAGUAAGAUUUUGUCAUGUAUAAAUAGGGGCAUAAAUUCUCGGGAUGAAAAUAUAAUUUUGCCUCUUAUAAAUCGCUGGUAAGACCACACCUUGAAUAUGCUGUGCAAUUUUGGGCGCCUGUUCUAAAGAAGGAUAUCAUGGCACUGGAGAGGGUCCAGAGACGAGCUACAAAAUUGAUAAAAGGAAUGGAGCAUUUUAGUUAUGAAGAAAGGUUACAAAAAUUAAAUCUGUUUCAUUUGGAAAAACGGCGCCUGAGAGGGGAUAUGAUAACUUUAUACAAAUAUAUUCGGGGCCAGUACAAACCUUUAUCUGGAAAUCUAUUCAUAAACAGGGUUAUACAUAGGACACGAGGUCACACAUUUAGGCUGGAAGAAAGGAGAUUUCAUCUAAGGCAAAGAAAAGGUUUUUUUACAGUAAGAACAAUAAGGAUAUGGAAUUCUCUGCCUGAAAAGGUGGUUUUGUCAGAGUCCAUACAGAUGUUUAAACUGAAAUUGGAUAAAUACUUACAAAAACAUAACAUACAGGGAUAUAAUUUCUAAUUAGUGGGGUAAUAGCUGAUUGAUCCAAGGAGACAUCUGACUGCUAUUUUGGGGUCAAGAAGGAAUUUUUUCCUAGUUUGUGGCAAAAUUGGAAGUGCUUCAGACCAGGUUUUUUGCCUUCUUUUGGAUCAACAGCAACAACAUUUCUGAGGAAGGCUGAACUUGAUGGACGCAAGUCUCUUUUCAGCUAUGUAACUAUGUAACUAUGUAACAUAUUGGGAAACUUUCUAGAACUAUCUAUUCUCUGAAGCUCAACUUUUGCAGUUGCUUUGGUUUAUUUACUGAUGUAGGGUAUAUACAUACAACUCCAUACAAAUAUCCCCACCAUCACGUGGUUUGUAAGGUGCUCUGAGUAUAAUGCUUGAUGGUAACUCGGAAAGGAUACGAUGGGAUUAAUCAAUCAUUGGUUUAACUUUGCAUUUCUGAAAUGGGAAUAUACUGAGACAAGACAGUCAAGACAAGAGACACUAUAGUCACCAAAACAACUUUAGCUUAAUGAAGCCGUUUUGGGUAUAGACCAUACCCCUGCAGUCUCACUGCUCAAUUUUCUACCAUUUAGGAGUUAAAUCACAUUGUUUAUGAUCCCUAGUCACACCUUCCUGCAUGUGACUUGCAUAGCCUUCCUAAACACUUCCUGUAAAGAGUCAUCUGCAGUUUAUCCUUCCUUAUUGCAAGUUCUGUUUAAUUUACAUUUCCUUAUCCCCUGCUAUAUUAGCUUGCUAGACCCCAUAAAAGCCUCCUGUAUGUGAUUAAAGUUCAAUUUACAGAGAAAGAGAUACAAUUGUUUAAGGUAAAUUACAUCUGAUUGAAAGUGAAAUCAGUUUUUUUUUUUCAUGCAGGCUGUGUCAAUCAGAGUCAGGGGAAGUGUGACAAGGGCUGCAUAAACAGAAAUAAAUUGAUUUAACGCCUAAAUGGCAGAGAACUGAGCAGUGAAACCUGAGAGGCAUGAUCUAUACACUAAAACUGCUUCAUUAAGCUAACGUUGGUUCCUUUAAAAAUAGAUUAAAUUGUUAUGGCCAGUAACUUGACAAAGAAUUGAAUGAAUCUCAGAAACGAGCAGUGUAAUAGUACACCUCACUUGUAUUUUAUUUAUCUAUACAUAACAAUGUUUAGCUGUUUGAUUCUCCACUGAGAGCAUCUAGAAAUGUAGGUUAUUUUGACCUCUCAAUGUGUUUCCCUUCCUUGGGAAUGUCUGGCAUUCUGAUUAAAACAAUGCUACUGAGGAUAAAGGUUAGUCUCUUCUAACAGAUGGCAUGUCAUCGCCCCUUCAGAUUACCAAGCCAGACUCUUUCCUGAAAUGGUGUUUUAAUGCAAAUCGGUGGUUAAAGACCCUGUUUCACUAAUAACCCUGACAUAUCCUUGUUAUGUGAAGCCAUCUGUUUGCUGUCCCUUUACUGGUUAUUGUAAUAUUAAUUACCCCAAUAGUUUCUUAAAAAAGGACCAAACCUUACCCUAUGUUUGCAUUAAAACUGUCUAGUGUCGUGGCUCAUAAUUCAAAAGAAAAAAUAAUAGGAAUUCAGUGUUAAGAUAUUGUGCCAAAAUCAACUAGAGUCUCUAAUCUCUAGGAUCUUUGAUAUAGCAAAUCACAAAACAAUAAGAGUUAAUGGAAUGAGUGCCGUUUACCGGGAAAGCUGCAUUGAGAUUUUCUCUCACCUUAAAGUGUUCUUCAGUGUAUAUAUACAUUACUAUUGACCAACUGUUACUGAUGCACUUCAGUGUAUACUCACCAGAGUACCUUCAAUGUUUCCAGUUGGUAAUUGGUCACAGCGGUGUUUGUGUUUAGAUCCAGCAUCAUUUGUCUGACCUGGCCUUAGCAUUUCUUGGUUUCCACUGUCUAAUACCUGUGCUGACUCUCUGAUUGGUGUGUCUAUAUUGCUCUCCUAUGCCAGACUUUUUCUGACUACACUGUUGGUGUCACAUUUAGACCCUGUGGAUUAUCCACAAAUGUGGGGCACUAUAGGCCCCCUCAGCUUGCUUAAAUACUUGAAGUGUGAAGAGUGUGUCCUUUUUUUCAUUUAACAAAAUGUGCAGAUUUCAAUAGAAAUUGACACUGUUAUAAAAUGACUCUGUUAAAUCCCCCUGGCUGUCAAUCAGACAACAUGUCCUGUUACUUCCUGGUUUGGUUAGCUCAGUGCAGGUAAAUGCAAGAGGCAGCAAUUGCCCAGAGCACCUGCCUUGCAAAAACUUCUCAUUGAGCUAUAUGGGGAAGUCUGUGAUUGGCCAGUCACAGAAUGUCUGGGCGGAGUUAGCAGGAGAGUGCUUGCAAUGGCUGCAGACAAGAGAUCUGCAGCUCAUGCAAGCUGUAUUUACUUGUACCCCGAAUGAGAAAAAAAUGUGUGUUUUCAUUGGAGGUAUGUCUGUUAAACAGUGAUUUAUUUUUGUACUUGAGCAGUGGAGUGGCCUGUAAGUCUUGUUUUUGACCACUAAUAAAAUAUUACAAAGAGGCUUCACUAUAAACAUUAAUUUUAAGAAGAAAAAAAAAAUCUAACUUCGGUCACAUAAAUAAAUAAUAGGGAAAUUAAAUAAUAAAAGAUUUUUUUACACCAUUAAACUAAUUGUGAAUGAGUCACACAGAACACUAUCUACAGUGUUUAUGAGUUUAAACAAGACGCAUAUAAAAAUAUAAAUAAAAAGUUUGACUCUAAAAUGGAUGAAGUUAGGUUUCCAACAUAAUAUAUUGCAUUUUUGCUCAUUAUUGCUAAUCUGCAUGAUUUUACUAUUUGGUGAAUCGGUUCUUGCUAGAGGUUGUAUAUAGAAAGGUGCAGUGUGUUAGUAGCAGCAGAUAAAUGUACGUGUUUAUCAUAGUUGCAUUGUUACAGUGUAUUCUGCUAGACCUUAGUUUGCUUCAGAGAACAGUUUAGAAAACGAAGCCUAUCUCCUCAGGCAUUAUGUCUGCAUUCCUCUCACUUAAUGAAUCGAUGUGGCAUCAAAUCCCAUUAGCUAGUUACUUUAUAACCUCAGCAGUAUGUUAUGUAAUUCAUAAAAAUACAUUGGAAAGCAACAAAGAGUACCGCGUCUGCUUGUUUAUACUGUUUGACAUGUUCCGAGCUUGGAAGUUGGCAUAUAGGAAUGUUCAAAUUACAAUAAGCAAGAUACAAAUAUGCAUUUAUUAUUAUUUUAUUAUUUUGCUGAGUCUCUAAAAUACCUUUUUUGGCUAAACUGAAGUGUGUGUGUGUGUGUCAAUAAUAUACAACAUUAUAUAACGGUAUUAAAUAAUUGAUUAUUGGAUCUUUUGCAAAUUCUAGCAAUACAAUAAAAUCCUCACAUUAUUCUGGAAAAAGUCCCAAAAUGUGCUACUUUGAUUACCCAGACUCAUCUACAGGUUUCAAAAAUGUUUGCUUCUUUCCUUAAAGGUUUCAUUUCAAAUUUUUCUAUCUAACUUUAUCUAGUCUCAUACGGGUGUCUGCUUUGCACCUACAGGUAAUGAACAGAGCAAAUAAUGUCUUCUAAAUUAAACACACUCUGCUAAGAUAGGUUUUUAAAUAUUAUUUUGAUCAUAAUGUUCCUUUAAUACUCAGCAGGCUAUAAACAAUCUAUCAAACACAAUGAAUAUCUAUGAUUUCACACCUAGUACUCGUGAUGUAGAAAUGUAGAUUUUUAUGUCAGAUAAAAGCCAACUGCCCUCAAUCCCUGUCUGGACCAACACGGACUUUGUCCUUGACAUGUGCCUGUUUUAUGCUCUCUUGAACUCAUCCACGGUUAAUCUUGACCCCCUCUGCUGGAAAUCUUCUCUUUAGAUCCUGAAGCUCCCGGGAUUUGGAAUCCCUCUUUUCUACAAGUGUCCUGAUAGAAUUAUACAUUGCUGGUAUUCCUUAGUAUGUAAAUGUAACUUCUAUUUGAAUCUAAAUCGUCACGUGCAGUCCUGUUAAGCUAAAUGAAUUAGGUUAGGAUCUGUCAUCAUUUGGCAAUGUCUGACCUUGCAAACAAGCUAUUUAUAACUAAAAUAUGACCUAUCGUUAGGCAGUCUAAUACAGAAACAUUUUGGUACCGGAUGCUGUGUUAGAUCCUUAUUGUAUUUUUGGUUUCUGGCAUGUGCAUGGGUUAAUGCAGUCACAUCUCUAAUUGUAUUAUAUAUUUCUUUGAAGUGCCCUGUUGGUACUUUGACAAGGUAUUACAACACAAACAGAGAAUAUGAGAAGCUUAGAGAAACUCAGUCGCUUGCCCUUCGGUUAGUCCACACUCAGGUCUUAAAAAUUUUUUUUUCUCACUUGUGCCAUUACAUUGUGAGCCAUUACCAUUUGCAUCUAAGUGGAUGUAAAGCAAUUAAAUCCAGAAUCCACCCAUAUUAUAUAUAUCCAUUUUGUCAAACUAAAUAUUAGAUAAUAUUACAUGUAGACAUGAGGUUACCUCCACCAUUGUCAUCCUGUGGAUGCCAUUGAUGAGAUAUUUGCAGCCAUUGGAUCUAGCUGUAUUCAGAGAUGAUUUUGACUGUUGGCCGGCAUACGACGUGGCAGCUAUUUUGCACACAGAUUACAUUUGUUUUGCAGCAUCCACCUCAGGAGCUGCUCAAAUUCCCAGCUUAUGGUAACGUUCAUUUACGUUAUGCCGUUAUGGAUUAGUACUUUUGGAGAGCUGCCAACACAGUUGGCACACAUCGGUUUCUUGUCUUGACCUUGUUUAUUGUCUGAGCUGGAUUUGAAAAGCAUUUGUCAUAACAUGAACCUUUGACACAGAUCCUGUUUAAGAACAUCCCAACUUAGCGUGUUGCGUUUGAAAUGCAUUCUGGGAGUAUCAGUGCUUAUGCAGAAUAGCAUCUGGUCUAUAAAACCCUGUUAUGUUUUCACCUCGCAAUGAGUUGUGGAUGGUACGGGAAAUAUUUAGCUAAUCUCUUAUGUAUACAAUGGUCCUGGAUAUGGACAAUUCUGUUUUCUACACAAGCAGUGAGGUAAUUAUAAUUAAAAUAUUAUUUGUCUGUCUGUAUUUCUGUCUAUCUAUCUAUCUAUCUAUCUAUCUAUCUAUCUUAUAGGACUUAUAAUAUCUUUACAAUAUUUGGGAUGAUUAUUAAAGCAUUUUACAUGCUGACAGUACAUCUGACUUUGCAGUAAAGCAGGGAUGUGCAAAACAUAGAUCUGUGUGUUGCAAAACUACACCUCCCAUAAUGCUUUGCCAGCUGGGGAUCUACUUUUUGUCCCUUACUGCAGUUGUGUUGCAAAAGUUUUGAUUGACAUUUUGUGACAGUAAUAAUGAGAUGAAUGUCCUAUAAACACAGCAAUGACACAUUGGAUUUCUGCAUAAAAAGUGUAUACAUGCACUUUUUAUGCAGAAAUCCAAUAUAUAUAUUUCUCUCUCUCUCUCUCUCUCUCUCUCUCACUAUUUACAGCUCUGUUUUGUGAUUUAUACAUAAUGGCCUAUUCCUAUGUUGAGGCCAUUAUUCAAUACUGUUCAAUAUGUUGAUGCUUUAUAAAUAAAUUACUUUAUUAGAUGAAAUGCAUAGAAAAUGCAUUGCUGCCUCUACCCCAUCCUAGUUCAACUUUGUUUAUCCUGAUAAUACACUGGUGACUCCAUUUUGAAUCCAUAUUCUAGCAAGCCAUGCCUCCAUUCAUUACACUGACAGUUAAUCUAUAAUUCCAUGGAGACCCACGCUAGGACCUUUUUUACAGUUUGUUAAUUCUACCCUCAAGGUUUUAAUGUAAUCAAAGCCUUUUUAUCAGCAACAAGCUUGUUCCCAAACCACGAUAAAUUAUAAUGGCCCAGAAAAAAAAGUAUAUUUUAUUAACCACUAGCUCUGCAUCAGAAAGGAUGGCAAACAGAAUUUGGCAUUUGAGGAUAAUAAAUACUGGCUCCAUAAAAGCAGUAAUCUUAAGACCGGAAUUAAUUUUCUAUUAGGUUAUUUAUCGUUUGGCUUCUACGCUAUAUUUUAUUUUUUUAGUAUUUUUCUGAAGACGGCACUACGUAAAAUUAAAAUAAGGGAAACAUUAUAUAUAUUUGCUUGAUAUACAAGUCUAUGUAUAUAAAAACCCAGACACACGUUAAAUCCGGUAAAAUCAGCAUUGAUUGAUGAUAUCGAUGGCUUUCAGUACAGUUUAUCCUCCCAGUUGUUGUCCCAGUUACUGUAAAUUUUGCAGGAUUUAAAGAUUUGUUCCAUGUCAAUAACUCAUACCGUACAAUUGUUCAACAGUCGGGUAGAUAUGAUUUUAACUUAGUCACCUCACCCAAGGAUGUAAUCUGGGAAAAAAUAUACUUAUAUUUCACUUAAAUAUAUUUUGGAUACAUCAUUACUGAGCAUGUGAAGUCAGCCUAACCAGGUAAAGUGAGUACUACAGGGAAUUUGCAGUAAAUUUAAAGUAAAAGUUAAAUUUUAAGGCCAAAGUUGGCGAACUAAACAGAGAACUAACUUGGAGGAUUUUGCUAAAUUGGCUAUUUUGGCCUUUUGUUUGAAAAUUAACUUUGAAUUCACUUUCCUGCAGAUUCCACUUUAGUGGAUAACUCUGUUUGUAUCUGUUCAGUGUUGUUGAUCCCAACCAAGGAAGCCGUAUUGACAUAUUAAUAAAAAAUAAAAUAUUAAAGGAUCACUAUAGCGUCAGGAACACAAACCCGUUUUCCUGACACUAUAGUGCCCUAAGGGUCCCCUCACCCUCAGGGUCCCUCUCCCUUGGCGCUGAAGGGGUUAAAACCCAUUCAGCCACUUACCUUAAUCCUGCCCCGGACUCCAUCGGCACUGGUUAGCUUCCUCCCCUGAGUGAAGCGGAAUGCGCAUACGCAGCAAUUGUCGCGCGCGCAUUCAUACUGUCCAUAGGAAAGCAUUUCUCAAUGCUUUCCUAUGGACACUCUGCAUGCUGGAUGCAAUUUUCGCAGAUGCGCCUCUAGUGGCUGUCCGGAAGACAGCCACUAGAGGUUGGAUUAACCCUGCUCUGAAACUGCUAUAUUUACAUCUGAAGGGUUAAAACCUGGGGGACCUGGCACCCAGACCACUUCAUUAAGCUGAAGUGGUCUGGGUGACUAUAGUGUCCCUUUAAGACAAUUCCACAGGCCUGCAGCAUGUAUAUUUCAAAUGGUUCGCUCACUAGGCGGCUAUCAUUAUAAAGAUUGGGCCACACUCCACUCUCACCUCCAGUUCUGCUACUUUCACUUGUCGCCUGGUUGCACCUUGUGGCUUGGUUGCUAUCCCCUCAAUCUCCAUCAUAUUGUGUUUUUGUACCCCACCUCCUCCAGACUGUAAGCUCAUUUGAGCAAAGUCCUCAUCAACCUAUUGUUCCUAUAACAUUUUGUAAUUAUCUCAUUUAUUGUUACAUUUCUCCCCUUUUAUAAUAUAAAUUCCACUACGGAAUAAGUUGGCGGUAAAUAAAUGCCAAAAAUAAUUAUAAUAAUAAUAGUUUCCUUUCGAUACACAUAAAACCUGCCAGCAUGGAUACAUCAGGGUUAUUUUCUAAACUGGCAGUUGUCCGGAACUAAACGACAAUUUUAUGCUAAGAUAGUCAGUUGGAAAAACAAUAUUUUGUUCCGUUCUACCAGACUGUCUAUUAAACGCACUAGUCUUCUGUCCUGCAUGUAAGAGUCUGUUCAUCAAACAGGAAGUUGUGGUGAGCUGAUAAAUGACUUGCAAAAUGUUGGCAAUUUCUAGCUGCAAGACCUAUAUUUUGCGAUUCACUUGGCAUCUCAUAACGCGCUGUUUAGUGACGAGACCCUUUGUAAGAGAGUUACAACCAGCUUGUCCACAUUCCAUAAUCCUUUUUAUAUUAAAUAUUGUCUAUUCACACUCACAUAGUGCUAUUUACUAACAUGAUAAUUCAUAGUUAGCUAGGCUUUCAAUUUGGCUACUCUGGAUUUAAAUUUGAAAUUCACUUUAAAUUCUUGCCUUAGUGAAUAACCCUGACAAAAUUCUAUAUUGUUCCUUUUAGAUAAAUGUAAAUAUAUUAAAAAUAAAAAAGAGGUGGUUAUACUGUUAUGUAUUAUUUUUGGAGCCUGACAAUACAUAUUUUUAUAAAACAUAACAGGAACAUGAUAUCGAAACAGCCCACGGAGUUGUCCACGUCACGAUGUGUGGGACUCCCAGACAGAACAGACCAGUGAUUUUAACUUACCAUGACAUUGGAUUAAACCGUAAGUUUAAUGUUCUAACUUGGUUAUGUGGCAUUCACGUAGGCCUUUUGUUCACAUUGAUUCGGAACGAAUUUAUGGUUAAAAAUAAUGCAUGAAUGGCUCUGCAUGUGAUGGAUGAUGUAGACAGUUAAAUAACUCUUUUAGCUCAUUUUAACCCCACAUGGUGAUCGUACAAAAUGGUGCGCUGACUAAAUGUUUAAUAAUAAGGAGUUUGCCACAUGUUGAAAAACUCUCCAGUUAACAUAUAUUAUUAAUUAAUAAUGAUUAUGGUGCCACUCCUGAUUGUGAGUCAAGCUCUUUUUGAGCAUUCGGUAUGGACUGUUCAUAUUGCUAAUGUGAUAUGUCCUGGUCUGCCCCAGGAUGAUGGGAGUCACAUGCCAGAAACUAAUGAAACUUAGACCUGACAUAUACUGUGCAUUAUAGUUUGAUGCAGAACAGGAUUUGAAAACAUGCUGUCUGUCCAUUAUUUUAUGGUGAUGACAUCAUCUGUGCGGUAUUCUCUGUAAUGCACUCUUUAAUUGACAUUGUACAGCGCAUGUCCCAGUCUGCCUGAGAUUAGUGGGAGUAACACUACUGAAAAUCAGUUGCUACCUGCAGCUGCUGGCUUUUAUAAUCCACUCUGCUCCAAAUAAUUAUAUUUUGAGAGAAAAAAAGGGGGAAAUCAGUGUUAAACAAAUGAUUUAAAAAAAAUCCAUCUCCAUUUUAAAAACAGCCUAAAUGGGCCAUCAUUUAAAAAAUAAAAAUAAAUUUUAAAAUAAAAUGGUUACUUAUUUAUUAUCUCCUUAGGGUAAAAGCUGAGGAGACAGUUCUGUUUCCUCAGCUCCUCUGCCAGCACUGUAUCUGUUAAUGUUUUGUAUAUUACUGAUACAUUAAAACAUUUCACUAUUUGUUUUAAUGAGAUUCUUUAAUUAAUUUAUCUUUGUUACACAGACAAAACCUGCUUCAAUUCUCUCUUUAACUUCGAGGACAUGCACGAAAUUACCCAGCAUUUCUCGGUGUGUCACGUUAAUGCCCCCGGGCAGCAGGAGGGAGCGGCUUCGUUUCCAGCUGGGUGAGAUACUAAUGUAUUUACUUUGUAUGGUGACUUUCUAGGUUAAGGAUCCCUUUAUCCCUUUAGCCUGGAUAGGAAUUAUCGGGCAUUAUGGUUUAGAACUUCUUAGUGACUUCACCAAUUAGCCGACAGUAACGUCAAUGGCUGAAAGAGAAAAAUAAAUGUAUAUUAUUAGUUACAGAUGUAAAACCUACAGUUUCAUACUCUCGAGUUCCAAUCUUUAGGCAGUACAAUUUAAUAAAAUUAAAGAGAUAACUCUCUAAACGGUAUGUCUUACGUGUGCAAAGAAUUGUAGAUAUCCCUGAUGUUUUGCUUUGUGGAUACCAUUGCGGAAUUAAUUGUAGACCUGCAUGUCAUCUUGGCACCAGUUAUCUUUUGUACAUGGCCUGCCAGCUCUGCCGCGUUAACAGUAUGGAAGCCAUGUUUGGAUCCUGUAAUGGAUUUCUCAAUUGUUUUUGUUGCCUGACUUGCCCGUUUCUUUAUACAGUUACGUGUAUCCUUCAAUGGAUCAACUGGCUGAAAUGCUGCCUGGCGUUGUCCAACAACUUGGGUAAGGAAAAUGUAUAUUUAGUUCCAUUUAUGUAUAUAGUAAAAUGACAAGAAUGUGUUAAAUAUUUACUCUGAUCUGGCCACUAUGUGACAUUACAGUUAUCUUAUCAUAUAACCUGACUGGAGUUAGCAUUGUCAUAGCUUCCCACUCUGUAUAGGGUGAUACACCUUAAACAGGGGCAUCAAGCUGUGCUCCUCCAUAGAAAUUAUUGGACUACAGAUUCCAUGAUUUCUCCCAGCCAAUGGAAGACUAAGAAUUAUGUGAAAAUUUAAAUCAGUUCUAUUUUAGAUGCAAGCCCAGUAGCUGUUGCAAAACAGUUAGUGUUAUCCAGGUAACCGUAAUUUAAUAAACGCUGCAUAGUUAAUGUAAACAUACCUGAUCUGUAGAAGGAGCAAUGGGCCUGGUACUGCCACACCAGCUCAUAAUGAAAAUGUUCCAUCACUCCACACUUAUAUGUAAAGUAAUAAUUUAUUUGUGUUUAAAGGAACACUAUAGUGUUAGAAAUACAAAGCUAUAUUCCUAACACUAUAGGAACCCUUUGGCCCCCUCCCUCGUGACCCCUUGUCACUGGUGAUGUAAAGGGUUAAAAAAUAACUUUUGUCAUUUUCUUGAUUCCCUCGGUGCUGGGUCGGGUUCCUCCUCCUCCGCCAACGUCAGUCGAUGGGGGCGACUAAUGCACAUUUAAAGUGCUCCUUAGGCCUUCCCCAUCGGAAAGCAUUGAUUCAUAUGUGGUUUUUCAGCCCACUGGACCCCUUUAGGCACUCUGGGUGCCUAUAGGGUCCCUUUAACUAAUACAACGUUUCAACCAAUACCAUCUUUGCCAACGAAGAACAAGAGAUUUAUGCAGCCCUGCAGUAGAGUUUUGGGCCUGCGUUUUCAUGGACCAAGCGAUGCUAAGAGGAAUAAGGACAUUUUCUAAAACGAUUUCUGUUUAGAUCAUUGUAAAAAGGAAUAUUUUUUCAAAUUCUCACUAAACGCGUCACAUUUUAUAUUUUGCAGGUUGAGGUCAGUACUUGGAAUGGGAAUCGGAGCUGGAGCUUAUGUUCUCACCAGAUUUGCUGUAAGUGUCUAAAGGCUUUGUUAUUUUCAGAUGUACCCUCCAGGUGAUAACUAUCAGUGAAACAACUUGAGAAACAUAAUGUCAGAUAUUUACCAAGUUACACACUCAAACAGGUGGAACACGACCGCUAAUAAUCCUGUACUGGAAUCCUGCCGUGUUUAGCAUGUGUCGCAAACAUUGAUACUUACAGCAAAAAGUUUAUAGUUGAUUAAGACAGAUUCACAAAGUUAAGACUACCCGUUAUCACCUGUACUUAUAGUCUGCAACAGAGGCGUAACUAGAAACCACGGGGUCCCGGUGAAAAAAUUGCCCUGGGCCCCCCCCUAUAUGUCUACCCCAAACCCCAUACAUCUCCACCUCCCAUAAAUCUACCCCCACCCCAUAUGUCCCUGCCCACCCACAUCCACACCCCCCACACACAUGCAGCCAAACAGAUACACACACAGACACACACACAACGACACACAUACAUGUAGAUACAUACAGACAAACAAACACACACAUACAUACACAUACACACAGACACAUACAUACAUACAAACACACAUAUACACAAACACACACAUACAGACAUUCUCUAUCACAGACACACAAACUGUUAAAAAAAUGUAGUGAAUUACCUGGGGUCCAGUGGCUGCCUCAUGCUGAUGGGAGUCAGAGCUCCCACUCUGACUCCCUCCUCUCCUCCUGCGUGGCGCUCUGUUGGCUGGGAGGAAGUGACAGCUGACAUUAGCAAUGAAUUUCCUGGGGCCCAGUUAGCGCUGCGGCGCUUUAAGAGCGCGACUGGCCCCCAGGAAAUUCAUUGCCAUCAGGUGGCCCCAAGAGAUUUUCCACGCGGUCGGGGCCACACCAAAAGGCUGGCAGGCUCCCCGGUCCCAGGGGUCAACAUGGCGACUGGGCCCCCUGGAAUGACGGGCCCGGUCGCAGCUGCAACCCGUGCGUUUGCGGUAGUUCCGCCAAUGGUCUACAAGUGGCAGAGAAUGCUUUUUGUACUUUAACGACACAAUGGUCCCACAGUGGUCCUCACUUCAUUAGAAAUAUGAUUUAGUAUUUUCUGAAUUACCUGCUCCAAUGUAAACCGUAGUUUAACACUCCCAUUCCAUGCCACUAUAGAGGGCAAACAGAAAAGAGUUCUGUGACAAUAUUUAGUGUUCUUCACCACUUCCAAUUCAUACUCUCAGUAAAGAAGAGUAUAGAAAGAAAAAUACUCUUGGGAAGGUUGGGAAUCCUCGUACUGGUUACUGCUGCCCAAUAACACCCAUUACUAUCAUUACUAUAGUGAGCGCCUAAUUCCUUUUCUUACAUCAAAGUAAAGAAGAAUGAUGUAAGAAUGACUGAUGACUUCCCAACGGUUAGAGGGUCUUCAUGAUCUUUACUCAUUCUGUUUGUACCAGAAACCUCCUCUCUGGGUUUCUGAGAUAUCCUUUUUGGUUUUCUUGUUUAACUCUCCGUUUGAUUAAUGUAUCAUUUACCUGUAACGGGAAUCACUAUCAACACAUCUAGUCCAUAUUUUGCCUGGUGCAUUAUCACUAGUGUUUUGUCUUUUUUAUUCAAGACCCUUUGUUUUAUUAUAGACAUUACAUAUUAAUAGAGGAUACAUAAUGGUGAACUGGGCAUUAUGGGUAAAUAAUGCCACUGAGCGGUUUUGGAGAAACCUUAAUAAAACCAUAAUUCUGAAGGUUGGGUAAAAUCCCUCACUGGCAUUAUUUUCAUUACAUAUCUUUUAUAUUACAUUAUAUUUUAGAAUAGGUUUUUUGUGUAAACUGGGCCAGCCUCAUGCGUGUGAGACCUCAAACAGAGCAUAUACAGAGAGGGGGUCUGCUGCACUACCUGACACAAAUUAAAGUCUCCUAACUUCAUGGAAGUGAUUAAUGCCUCCCGUUUAUAAUGGGAAUCAAUAACACUUCGGGCACCAUAAAAAUUUCAUAGGAAUUAAUCCGGUGCCAGGUACUUCCUGAAGUGGUCCUCACUUUCACAAUGAAGUUGUUAUGGUGCCUGGAGGUUCCCUUUCAUAAAAUAGGUUUACAUGGCACUCCAUAUAGUUUCUAAGGUCUUGAAAUCCACACACAAAAUACCCAAAUUUUGUUGUUUGGACUGAAAUAGCAUCAUGUAAUUUAUUUUACCAGUACAUAUUUUUUAAACACAUGUAUUUUUGUGUCCCAGCUGAAUCACCCUAGCAUGGUAGAAGGACUGGUGCUGAUUAACAUUAACCCCUGUGCUGAAGGCUGGAUGGACUGGGCUGCAACCAAGGUAAAUUGAGGUUCUGCACCUCGCAUUUGGCUAGUGAACCAUUUGUGUGUCGGUUUUUAAGAAAGAUAAAGUCUAAUUCCACUGCACCCGAUACACAUAUUUUGGUCCCAGAUGUCUCUCAAACAGAUCACAACUAAUAUGUUUCACUGAAAAGGAUUUAAGGUUAUGGUGAUUAGCUUAUGGUAGGGUGGUUAUGCUUAGAAACAUAGAAUAACUUCACAUUUUCUUAGUUUAGUGAUCUGAUCAGUAAAAGUAAAUAUGUGUCUCCAGUGUGUCUCCAUGAGCGUAAUCGUUGCCCACACGUGUAUAUAUAUAUAUAUAUAAAUCAGAGUAACUUACAGCUUUUGAAUGAUAUCAUUAAUUUUAUUUUAUUUUUAGAUUUCUGGAUGGGCCCACGCCUUGCCUGACAUGGUGAUAUCUCAUCUUUUUUCAAAGGUAACAAUUUCUGAAAUAAUCUAAAAACACCUUCGAUAACAGAACACUUCUCAGCUCAUUUUAUUUACCUUCGCUAUAAUAGCAAUACACUAUUUACACAGUGCUAUGAUUGCAUUACAAUGACAAAAUGACAAGGAACGAGGACAAAAUGACAAGGAAUGAGGACAAAAUGACACUAUUAUGUAAGUUAGACACCUUUCUCAACACAAAAUAUGACCAAAUGAUUCAAGCUCUUUGUUAGAAAUCGUCCAUUAUGCACAAUUCGCAGUUUUUUGCUGUUGAUUUUUUUUUAAAUUAAUGGAGAGUUACAACAUAAUUCACAAAAUUAAAUUAAACAAUAAAAAGUUAUUUCUCUGGCACAUAUAGUUUUCAGUCUGAUACUUACAGUGAGGGGAAAAAGGUAUUUGAUCCCCUACUGAUUUUGAAUGAUUUUGACAAAGAAAUGAUCAGUCUAUAAUUUUAAAGGUAGGUGUAUUUAUUUAUUUAUUUUUUAAUUCUUUAUUGUAUUUGUGCAUAGAUUAAACAGGCAGGUUUGCACUGCCACAACAGCUGGUGAAAACAGAUAAUCAAACAUUAUAUAACAGUUGUAUGACAUCGAUAACAUUACACGUUUGUUUUUUUAAAUGUAUGAGCAAUAGAGGCUACUGCAUAAUCAUACAUUGUCAUUUGCACAAUUUAUAAGGUACAUUAAACUAGAGUGUCCGGCUAUCCAGACAUGUCUGUUAGGUUAGAGGUAAACGUAUCGUAAGUAUGCAGGAUUAUGUAGACGUGGAGGGAAGUGAGGCAUAAUAUAAACCAUGCUUAUAAAACAAUAGAAACAAAAUUGUUGUGAUGCCACUGGAUAUGAAAAUAAAAGAAAGACACAAGAAUCUCUGCGUUGAAAAGCUAACAUGACGUUGUAUUAAGAAAAGUGAGAACCAUUAAAAGAACGGUGAGUGAAACAGCCUGUGUCAUGGAUCAUAUGACAGAAGUCCCUGCAUUGCUGAUAAGGCUUUUUCUAAGGGUGUAACAGGUUUUUUUUUUAGCCUCGUGUUUGGCAGGUAUAGUAGCGGCGUGGGAUUGCUUAUAUAUACAGUCCCAAAAUUCUUGGCAGAGUUUCUCAAAGCGCGCAUCAAAUUGUUCCUUCCAGGUCAGGGAUGUUGUGUACUCUUGUUGUCGUGUAUGCUGUGGGACGGCGGCCAUGUAGUUGUCUGCUUGUGUGAGAUUUUGCUGUUGCUGGGAUGUGGGUUUCCCUAGUGGGGACCGGGUUAUGCCCCACUCGUCCAGGUGGGGGGAGGUUGCGGGGCUUCAGGAUGUACUGUGUCAGUGGCCAGCUAGAUCGGCGGCUUCCCCAGGUCACCAGGCCGCAUGACAUGCUAGGCCUCAUAGUCGUCCUCCGUGAACUGUGCACCAAUGAGUCAGAGCUAUUGCAAAGCACAUCUGGCCAUCUUGGCUGUCAAUCCUUCCCCUCCCCCCCCCUCCCCCCACCAUGGUAGGUGUAUUUUAACAGUGAGAGACAGAAUAAAAAAAUAAAACCACAAUCCAGAAAAACACAUUCCAAAAAAGUUAUAAAUUGAUUUGCAUGUCAAUGAGUGAUAUAAGUAUUUGAUCCCCUAUCAAUCAGCAAGAUUUUUGGCUCUCAGGCUUCUUUUAUAUAGAUAAUGAGCUGAGAUUAGGAGCUCUCUCUGUCCACAGAAGCAAUCAAUCAGAUUCCAAACUCUCCACCAUGGCGAAGACCAAAGAGCUGUCCAAGGAUGUCAGGGGCAAGAUUGUAGACCUACACAAGGCAAGAUUGUAGACCUACACAAGACCAUCGCCAAGCAGCUUGGUGAGAAGGUGACAACAGUUGAUGCAAUUAUUCGCAAAUGGAAGAAACACAAAAUAACUAUCUCGGUCUGGUGCUCCAUGCAAGAUCUCACCUCGUGGAGUUUCAAUGAUCAUGAGGAAUCAGCCCAAAACGACACAAAAGGAUCUUGUUAAUGAUUUCAAAAAAGCUGGGACCAUAGUCACCAAGAAAACAAUUGGUAACACACUAAGCUGGGAAAUCCUCUGAAAUCCUGCAGAGCCCUGCUCAAGAAAGCACAUGUAGAGGCCCGUCUGAUAUUUGCCAAUGAACAUCUGAAUGAUUCAGAGGAGAACUGUGUGAAAGUGUUGUGGUUUGGAGGAGGAGGAAUGCUGCCUAUGACCCCAAGAACACCAUCUCCACCGUCAAACAUGGAGGUGGAAACAUUAUGCGUUGGGGGUGUUUUUCUGCUAAGGGGACAGGACAACUGCACCACAUCAAAGGGACGAUGGACGGGGCCAUGUACCGUCAAAUCUUGGCUGAGAACCUCCUUCCCUCAGCCAGGGCAUUGAAAAUGGGUUGUGGAUGGGUAUUCCAGUAUGACAAUGACCCAAAACACACAGCCAAGGCAACAAAGGAGUGGCUCAAGAAGAAGCACAUUAAGGUCCUGGAGUGGCCUAGCCAGCCUCCAGACCUUAAUCCCAUAAAUAAUCUGUGGAGAGGGCUGAAGGUUCGAGUUGCCAAACAUCAGCCUCAAAACCUUAAUGACUUGGAGAGGAUCUGCAAAGAGGAGUGGGACAAAAUCCCUUCUGAGGUGUGUGAAAAUCUGGUGGCCAACUACACGAAACGUCUGACCUCUGUGAUUGCCAAAAAGCAUUUUGCAACCAAGUACUAAGUCAAAGGGGUCGAAUACUUAUCACACUCAUUGACAUGCAAAUCAAUUUAUAACUUUUUUGACAUGGGUUUUUCUGGAUUUUUUUUUUUGUUAUUCUGUCUCUCAAAAUACACCUGCCAUUAAAAUUAUAGACUGAUCAUUUCUUUGUCAGUGGGCAAACGCUCAAAAUCAAAUACUUGUUUCCCUCACUGUAUUAUUGGAGCUGUUAUAAGUAAAAUUAUUGUGUUAUCUCUGUAGCCAAGCAGAUUGUAUAUUGACCUACUUUCAGAUAUUCAUAGCUGCAUUUGGCAGACAGAGUAACUAUGUAUUCGUAUCUGUGCUGUAAUCGUUUAAGCUAAAACUCUCUCUUUCUUCCAAUAUAGGAUGAGAUUCACGAUAACCACGACUUGGUUCACACCUACAGACAGCACAUUAUCAACGAUAUCAACCAGAAUAACUUACAGCUCUUUGUCAAAUCUUACAUCAGGUAAUACUGACAAUAUUGUGAUCAAUUAUUGACUCAGUGGGAAAUGUACAACAUGUAUACAGUCUGUUACUAAAUUCCAUUCUUUGACCUUUUACUCUAUUGCCCUCUGGAGUCCAGGUGAUCACGGACUUUCUGAUGUGUAUAUUUAUUUCAAAAUCAGACACAUUCACACUAGACGUACAAAAGAUUGUAGAUAUUAUAAAAACAGCAUCAAAACUAUUUACAAAAAAUUACUUCUAAAUAGCCCAGAUUCGGAGAAUGUUUGUGAAUCUGUUCGGUGUUUGCGCAAUUAAUAAACCUGACACGUCAAAUAUAGCCAUGGUAAGUCUAGACCUCUCACCAAAUCCCUUGCCUUAUUCAGUCAUAUCCCAAGCUUUCCAUUAGGGGACGUUGCAAGAUAAGGAUACAGAUCCCUAAAUAUAUGUGUUUGCUUUGUGUUUUAUAGCCGAAGAGAUCUGGAGAUUGAAAGACCUAUUCCUGGGACCAAUGCUGUCACUUUGAAGUACGUCACAUAUUUUUCUACUUAGUGUUUGUACCAUACAUGACAUGGGAAAAAUGUUAGUUGGAAAAAUGUUAAAAUAAUAAUAAAAAUUGUAAUAGUAACAAUAAUGUGGCCAUGCCAAUGUAUGAAAGACAGUUUAAAAAAAAAAAAAAAGGCACAAAGCCAGUUUUAGCCUUUCCAUUGAUUAAGACCCCUUUAUCUCAUAUAUGCGUCACCCUAUAUUCAUUUGGUGGAAGCCGUACUGGCCCCCUACAAUUUGUGGUUAAUGCUGCUGCCAGGCAGAUCUUUCUCUCCUGUCGCUCCCCUCACACCUCACCCCUCUGUCGAUCUUUACACUGGCUUCCUGUGUACAGGUGUCAAUUUAAAAUACUUACCCUUACCUAUAAAGCUCCAAUCAUCUCUAGACCUUCUUACAUUUCUUCACUGAUUCAUAAGUAUUCCCCGUCUCGGUCUCUCCACUCUACUGGUGACCUUCUCCUUUCUGCUGCUCACACCCUUACUGCAAAUUCAUGCCUGCAAGACUUCUCACGGGCGGCUCCUUUCCUUAAAAACGGCCUGCCUACCCCUGUCCUACUCUUCCCUAGUCUUCAAUCCUUAAAAAACCCAUAUUUUUGGGAAUGCUUAUGGCCUCCAAGAGUAACUUCUAUCUCUCAAACCUUCCUCUCGCUCUCUCCUAUCGGGCCACACUCCACUCUCACCUCCAGUUCUGAUACUUUCCCACCAUGUCUAUUUGCUGUCUCUCUCAAUACCCUUCCUAUUGUGUUUUUAUACCCCACCUCCUCUAGACUGUAAGCUCGUUUGAGCAAGGUCCUCAACUACCUAUUGUCCCUGUUACAUUUUGUUAUGGUCUCAUUUGGUAAAUUCCCCUUUUAUUGUAAAGCGCUGUGGAAUAAGCUGGUGCUAUCUAAAUACCAAUAUUAAUAAUAAUAACCCAUGGACCAGUUAAGCCCUGUUGUUUAAUUCUGACAACAUGACCUUUACACAAUUUAUUUAUAAAUAACCCUCACUAAGUAGAUAUAGGUUAAGUGCAGAUAGUCAUGUAAAAAUACAAGCAAUACAUUGCAAUAAUCUCUGUGUCCUCCAGGAAAUGACAAAAAUAAUGUCUAGUAAAAAUGGGGACAUAGGUCUAGGUUAUGAGAGAUGUUUUAAUAGUUCCUCCUCUUGUGUUCCAGGUGUCCUGCCCUGCUGGUGGUAGGCGAUAGUUCACCUGCCGUCGAUGCUGUGGUAAGCUGAAUUGAGUCCUCAUGGAAAAUGGCAAUUGUUGCUAUAAAUUAAUAUUAUCAACUGUGCCCUUUAGACUAGUUGACAUUGAUUGUCAUAUGCUUGUUAUUAUAUUUGUGAAAAAAUACCCCAGAGAAUAUAAUUUGUAAUAAAACUAAACAGAAUUUUCUUCUAACUGUGUAGGUGGAAUGUAAUUCAAAACUGGACCCAACCAAGACUACAUUGCUGAAGGUAACACUCACUGAAUCUUCUUCCGUGUGUUUAUAAUGACGUACCGUGCUUAGUUCACUGUCAAACAGAAAUUCCCCCAUUGGAUUUUCUUUUUAAAUACCCAAACUAAACACCCAACACCUUGCUUACACAUCUACAUUUUAAAUGAUAAUGCAUAUGAAGAUUGGAGGAUUUACAUAUUGAAAACAGAAAAUUGAAGUGUUAAGUACGGGGGAAAAAUACUUUGCAAAUAGGAUAUUGUUCUGUUACAAUGAGCUGCGAGGAUAUAGAUAAUAUUACUAAUGACUUAUGUUUUUCUUCUCAGAUGUCAGACUGCGGUGGAUUCCCUCAAGUUAUCCAGGUAGAGGCUGAUACAUUUUUGUAUUGUUUUGUCAUUUUAUCUCUUGUGUUUGUCACUGGACUAGACAUUGUAGCUAUCACCAGAGUAUUUGCAUUUAGCCCAAGCACCCAUUCUGUGCUGUCUUUGGGAAAUCCUCAGAUAAUAUCAGGUAAUUUUGGCACAAUGACAUGAAGAAUUAUUGUGCCAUGUUUAGUGUAUCACAACUUGUCAUUUGAAGACAUCCUGAAAAUCCACACUGUAUGUGCCUUAAAGGACCACUCUAGGCACCCAGACCACUUCAGCUUAAUUAAGUGGUCUAGGUGCAAGGUCACUCUAGGGUUAACCCUUUUUUUAAUAAACAUAGCAGUUUCAGAGAAACUGCUAUGUUUAUAAUAGGGUGAAUCCAGCCUCCAAAGCCUCUAGUGGCUGUCUCACUGACAGCCGCUAGAGGCGUUUGCGUGCUUCUCACUGUGAAAAUCACAGUGAGAAGAUGCCAGCGUCCAUUGGAAAGCAUUGUAAAUGCUUUCCUAUGAGACCGGCUGAAUGCGCGCGCAGCUCCUGCCGCGCAUGCGCAUCCAGCCGAAGAGGAGGAUCGGAGGCAGAGAGGAGGAGGAAAGCUCCCCGUCUGGCGCUGAAGAAAGAGGUAAGUUUAACCCCUUCCUCUCCCCAAAGCCCGGCAGGAGGGGUACCCUGAAGGUGGGGACACCCUCAGGGCACUAUAGUGCCAGGAAAACGAGUAUGUUUUCCUGGCACUAUAGUGGUCCUUUAAGGAAUUACAUAGAGAGAAAUUAGGGGCGAUGCAUAGUGCAGACUACUAAAAGUUAAUACUUUUUUUAAAAUCUAACUUGGGUUUUAAAACUUUGUUUAGACCACAUUAGCUGAUUGAGCUAUCACAUUGAGUCAUCGAAGAAGAACCGAAUGGCUCUCUCCCUAUUCUCUUAUACUUAAGCGUUGAUUAUUUUGUGAAACAAAAAUAUAUAAAGCGUACAUACUAAAGUGAGAGAAUAGUUCCAAAAUUCAAGUUUAAAAAAGGCAGAUCUAAACUCAAAAUAUAUAUAUGUCCCUUUACUUAAAGACAACUUAACAAUCACUAACAAAAUAAUGUUUUACAUUUCAGCCUGCAAAACUAGCCGAAGCCUUUAAAUACUUUGUUCAAGGAAUGGGAUACAGUAAGUAUAUACAACCAUAUGCAAUAUUGUUCUCUUUUCUUUUAAGCUGAUGAACAUUAUCUAUAAGCCAAUUACAAGAACACUUAAAUUAUUUUACUGAACAGGUCAAGUCUAGUCUUUAUCAUGUGAAGAGCUCCCUCUAGCUGACAUUAUAUUUGUGGAUUCAUUUACUAUUGACAAACAAGUUUCACAAUGGAGGCAAAAAUCAUCACUUUUCUAGACUUUAAACAACUGACAACCCCUUAAAGCUGUCAAUGAGGCCACACAGAACUCUCAGAUCCAGGCGGCCUGUGUUAAUGCUUGUCCAAGUUGGACUCACAGAGCCAAGCUGCAUAUUGUCAGUUUCCGGAGCUGUCCAUUCAUUUUGUGCGAAGAGUUGAACUGCUCUUGGAGAUGAAACACUUAUCCCUGCUGUGUAUAGGUUAAUGGGACAGGAGUCUAUCCAGAUGUAAGAGGGAUCUGCAUCAAAGGGAAUUUUAAAACUAUGAAUUUUUUUUUUUUUUUAUUCAUAUUUUUUCCCAUUGUUUUUUAGAUAUUACCCAGUAGUUCACAUUAAAUAUUUAUCAAUUGAUAUUAAAGUCCAAUUCAGUCCAGGCAGAGACAGGGCAGAUGCCAAGCCAUACGUAGCCAGAAUGUCGAUAACUUUAUGUUUUCCUAUAUUUUCCAUACUUUCACGUCCAUGUUGCUGUAAAUCUGAGCUGUCAUGUUUCAUCCCUAGUGCCCGCUGCGAGCAUGACCAGAUUAAUGAGAUCCCGUACAGGAUCUGGUGCCAGUGUCUCAUCCUUAGAUGGCAACAGAAGCAGGUCUCACACGAAUGAGGGCUCCAGAAGCCGUUCACACACCGGAGAGGGCGCCCGGAGCAGGUCUCAGACAGGAGACGGAAAUCGCAGCCGUUCCCACACUGACACCAAAAUGGACGUCAACAACCCAGUCAACCCUGACCUCAACAAUGCAAAAUCUAUGGAGGUUUCGUGCUAAGAUGGAUUACGUACCAAACAAUACAUGCCUGCCAACUGUACAGAUUAAAAAAACCAAAAACAAUAAAAAACAAAAAAAUAAAUUAAAAAAAAUGUAACCCUUUUCACUGCCAGGGCCCUUCUGUCAGCCAAUGGGUUAAAUGGGAUGUCAGCUCUGUGAACAAGAGCUAUCUUUGGACCAAAGAGAACGAGAGUUAGCCAUUUUAGUGCCAGUGAGGCAUGCAAACACUGCGGUGCCUUUCUGGCGCAUAAAAUGUCAAAACCUUGUGAGAAAGCUUUAACCAUUAGUUAACCAAUAGCUGCUACUAGCUCAGCUUAUGGAAACAAAUAUGCCUGGGAUGUAUGUAUUAAACCCAGCACAUCGACCUCUCCAUGUCUAACAAGUAGGAUGAGAGACAGGCCAGUGUAUGAACAGUUCUAGAAUACAUUUUGGCUGAUACCAAAGGAGGCAGAGUAGCUUGCUCAUAAACCCAAUGGGCAUUCAUGAUUUAGAAUGAAUUGAGGAGCGGUGUGUCUAAAUACCAUCCGAGGAGGAGGAGGUCCGAUAAUGUUCUGUUAGAACCUGUGGGCAUAUCCCACAUAUUCCCAGGUAUGUAAAUAAAUGAAAGGAGAUAGUCAAAGCAAGAAAUUAACAAGCAACUAAACAUCUCACUGUGUCUGUUGUAGGCAUCUAAUGUCGUCCUCAUUCAUUCUGGCCUCUAUCUCAGUGGCCUCACAGUUUUUUUGUGAAUUUUGAACGUGUCUAUCUCACCACUAAAUUUUAAUAUUGAAAGAAAAUAAGAGGAAGCAACAAGCUGGAGCAUUUUGUAAAUAUAUAAUUGAAAGAGAGAAUAUUUAUAAAUGUGUUGUGCAUUAAAAAAAAUAUCUAUUUUAAUAGUUUGUAUAAACUAGAGAAAAUAGCUUCUUCAAUGAGCUGCUGAUGGGUGGCAUUCUUUUUGUACGUACAAUUAUAUUUCUGAUUUUAUUAAACCCUGAAAAAAACAAACAAACAAAAAAAUAUAUUAUUGAUAGUAUUAAGAUGUGAUAAAGGAAUGCUCAAAGUACCAAAACCUCCACAUUUUGUCGCAAAGGUCAUGGCUCAAGGAAUCUACGGGUCCACUCCUGCUAGUUAUCGUCAUAUUACUGUUCAGGGGGAUUUGACAAAGAAUGGAGGUUUUCCUGCACUCAUAGUCCAUCCCAUAGACUUCUUGCACCAUCACAAUUAUAUAAAUAAUAGUGACUACGGUCCUUUGAGUGUCCCUUUAACUGUUUAGUAUAAGCAAACAAAGCAAUCUUAUUGUAUUGUGGCAGGUUGUUAAAAUCUGUGUGGAUAAUAUUGUGAAUAUCAUCAAUGGGAUACCACUAUCUUGGUAAUUGUGAUCACAGAGAAAAAAAAUAUUAAAAUGCGUUAACGGCAAAUAAAAAGGAGGGCUAUUGUUUAUUUGUUAACAUGGACUAAACUACCAUAUAAUAUGUAUUAAUUCUUGGUGCUUAUAAUGAAUAAAUUUUUAAUUAUUUCUUGGUUGUUUAUUGGAGCGAAUGAAAAAAAAAUCACAAAUUUUAAAUAUAAUUAUUUUCUGGUUUGUAUUCAGAGGGAGUUAUGGAAAAAGGGUUUUGGGAUCUUUUACGUGGGGAGGGUUAUAGAGUGUUUAUCAUAUCUGUGAAUGUCACAAAAAACAUCUCAUUUGUUCAGAUGAUAAAGGGGGUGUACUAUAUUGUUUUGUUUCUAUUUUUAAAGAUAUGUUUCAUUUUAUUUUGAUAAUAUUAAACCAUGUAUGGCUUGAUUUCAGAUAUGUAAGACUUUCCUCUUUAUUGGUCUACGAUUUCCAGUAUUCGAAUUCUGUUUCCAAAAAAUUUUCAAGCAGAAAAACUGUGAUUUGUUUAGAGUUUCAUUAUGUUGAAGAAGCUCAUUUUAUAUGUCAAAUGGGAUAAUUGUAUUUAUUAAAGAAAAAUAAAUGUGUAACUUUGCACUGUGUUGUCAUAUUAUUGAUUUCUUAACAAUAUUGAAGAAAUAAAGGCUUUGAUCCCUACCUUGUUGGUUCAAUGUCAGAGGAAC